ACCCGUUCAAUUCGCAUUCGACCGACGUCUUGGUUUAAAGAAUCACGGGGACAAGACUUUUGACGAUGACUUGAUUUCUGCCGACUGAUUGGACUGAGCCGCGGUUACCAGCAGAAUACUGCGCGUAUUGCGGGGCGAAAAAGAGAUAAGUGCGAGUGAUUUGCCCGUCGUUGUGCGUCGAGAGUUUGUUCGUUAAAUCUCGGCGAGUGACAAACGCGACGUUUUGAAAAAAAGAAAGAGAUAAAUACGAAGAUCUCUGUAGAUUCUUCUAGAUUAUAGUUAGCAGUUCAUUAAGCCACGAUUCUGCCGUUCGAACGACUCGUGACUUUGUCGGAUUUUCCAAGAUGAAGCGACAACAGUCACAAGAACAGCAAAAGCUACAGCAGCAACAAAUCAUGCAGGAACAACAACAGCAACAAUACAUCCAGCAACGGACAGAAAGACAAAUUACGCGGCAACAGAUUACCAGUCAGCAGAGAGUUCAAGGGGAGAUCGUAACGCAAACGAUGCCAACGGUACCAGUAUUUACCGGUAAACCUGGCGAUCCAUCACCGCCAAUUUUCGAGCGAAUCUUUAAAAAUGCGAGAUUCGCGCAGGGUGGCAACGCGAUCUUCGAAGGCUGCGUCCGAGGUAAUCCAAAACCAACGGUUUCUUGGACGCAUAAAGGAAUACCGUUGCUAGAAUCACGAAAGAUUCGUAUGUCCUAUGACGAAUAUACUGGAAUUGUCACCCUCCAAAUUAAUCAGAUUGGUCCAGGGGACGAGGGCGAGUACACGUGUAGUGCAAAGAAUCAAUAUGGCGAAGCAAUUUGCUCAGUUUACAUACAACCAGAAGGAUUCGGUCCUCCAGCGCAACAGCUGGCGGAUAGUUAUAAAAAGGAAUUUACGCAAAGCACUCAGCUGAGCGAGCAGAAAAUGCAAACCGGCAGUCAAGUCUUCCAACAACGCAGUUAUCAACAAACAAUGGAUAAACGAAGUUACGUCAAUGGCACAACUACGAGCAUCGAAGAUUUUAAGGUUGAUACCUUCGAAUACAGAUUAUUGCGCGAAUCGGAGUUUCGCGAAUCGAUUACUCGCCGUUUUGUGGGUGAAAUUGAUUUGCAAAUUUCUACGACAGUUGAUCGUACCUUAGGACCAGUUGCCCCUCCGCAAAUCACUCAGAAACCGAGAAAUUCAAAACUCAUCGAAGGAUCGGAUGCUGUCUUCACUGCAAAAAUAACCGGCAAUCCUAAACCGAGAUUAACAUGGUUCAAGAACGGCCAGAGAAUCCGAGAUUCCCAACGCGUGGAGACGAGUUAUUCGAAUCAACAGGCUACCUUACGCAUCCGAGUCGCCCUGCCGGAAGAUAGCGGUCAUUAUACAUUACUGUCUGAAAAUCCUCAAGGUUGCACCGUUAGCUCCGCUUACCUGGCAAUUGAAUCCAGCGAUCAAGUAGAUCAAGUUCCCUAUCAAGCGCAUCAAAGAGAAUUUAUUAAGACUCAACAAGUGGAAUCGACCGAAUCUAUUGAUUCUAGCAAGGUUCUGCCACCGAAUUUUGUUCGCACCAUCACGGACAGAGAAGCUACCGAAGGCAAGAUGACGCGAUUUGACUGUCGCGUAACUGGUCGUCCGUAUCCCGAAGUCACUUGGUAUAUAAAUGGUCAACAAGUCGUCAAUGACAUGACUCAUAAAAUCCUUGUAAAUGAAUCCGGUAACAAUUCAUUGAUGAUUACGAAUGUGAGUCGUACCGAUGCCGGAAUAGUAACAUGCAUUGCUCGGAAUAAAGCUGGCGAAACUUCCUGUCAAUGCAAUUUGAAUGUUAUCGAGAAGGAGCAGGUAAUCGCCCCGAAAUUUGUCGAACGUUUCGUUACGACAAGCGUGAAGGAAGGAGAACCCGUUGUCUUUAUGGCACGCGCAGUCGGCACGCCGAUUCCACGCAUCACGUGGCAAAAGGACGGCGUACCGAUAACGCCUAGCCCCGAAAUUCGUCUAUCGAGCGAUGGCAGCGGAACCUCGACCUUGGAUAUUCCAUGCGCCAAGUUCUCCGAUGCAGCCUGGUACCAAUGCACCGCUCAAAACAUAGCCGGUUCCACCGCGACACGAGCGCGGCUCUUCGUCGAGACGCCAAAAGGAACGGCCCCGGAACCAAGACGCCUGAACUUACCCCGACCAACGAAAGUCAUCGAACCAGAACCAGCGCCUGGCCCCGAAGUGAUUUAUUUAAGACACGUGGAACGUGCCAAGCCUUACUUGCCACCUCCUGAAGAAGAUAAAAUUUAUCCGCCGCCACGUUUCAUUAUACCCUUAAAGGAUGUUCAUCAAAUCGAAGGUGGACGAAUUCACUUCGAGGCCAGAAUCGAACCGGUGGGCGAUCCCACGAUGAGGGUGGAGUGGUAUGUCAAUGGCAAAGCACUCGAUGCGAGUUCCCGGGCGACUUCCAUCUUCCGAUUCGGUUUUAUCUCACUCGAUCUCAUUAGCAUCGUUCUUCAAGAUAGCGGCGAAUAUUUGUGCCGUGUCGUGAGCUCUACCGGAGUCGCCGAUUCUCGAGCCACCCUCAGCGUAACCCCACGCGCAACAAUUGAACAAGCGAGCCAAUACCCCGACAGUCUCCAGUACAUCCAGCAGCUCGAGGAUUACAGCAAGUACCAAAGGCAGGAGAGCGUGGAGGAGACCUCUUCACAGCGGCCGGUUUUCAUCCGCCCGCUCCAGGAUCUUGGUGAGCUACAGGAAGGUCGAAACGCCCAUUUCGAGGCGCAAUUGACGCCUGUUAGCGACCCCACCAUGAAAGUGGAGUGGUACAAGGAUGGAAAACCAAUCACAGCCAGUUCGAGAAUCACUAGCAUCUUCAACUUCGGUUACGUCUCACUCAAUAUAAUGCACCUACGGGCUGAAGAUGCAGGUUCUUAUACCGUUAGAGCUGUGAACCGCUUGGGAGAGGCCAUCGGCUCCGCGUCUCUCCGUGUCUUUGCGCGAACAAGCGUAACAACAGACUUGGGUAUCCCCGAGCAACUGAGAUACAUCGAGGCUGCCGAGGAAUUGGAAGCGUAUCAACAGGCGAUGCAUCAAAAAUAUGUGCAGGAACAGCCUGAACCGAGCAGCCCACCGGAAUUUAAAUCGCCUAUUAAAGAUCAGAGCAGCAUACGAGAAGGCGGAUUUGCUCAUUUUGAAGCGCGCCUCGAACCAGUCGGUGACGCCGAUCUUCGUGUCGAGUGGCUCAAGGAUGGACGACCUGUAGAAGCUAGUUCUCGAAUUACAACCUUCUUCAAUUUCGGUUACGUGGCGCUGACUAUAAAAUAUGUAACGAUACACGAUGUCGGCGUAUACACUUGCCGAGCUUACAACAGGGCUGGCGAGGCUCAUACUACCGCUCAAUUAAGCGUAAUUAGUAAGAAUGAUAUUAUUUACGAUAGCCAGCAUCCUACCGGUCUUCAAAAAAUUCAAUCUCUCGAGGAUUCGAGCAGAUACUCGCGACAGAUUCAGGAAGAAACGCAGAUUACGCAGACACCACGAUUCUUAGGCACUCUUAAAGGCACGAAUAAGAUCGUGGAGGGUCAACGAGCGCACUUUGAGGCGCGCGUGGAACCUCAAAGCGAUCUAAGCAUGAAGAUCGAGUGGUAUCACAACGGCAAACCUAUCACUGCUGCUAAUAGAAUUCAGACGUAUCACGAUUUUGGAUACGUCGCCAUUGACAUUCUUCAGGUUCGAUCCGAAGACGCUGGCACGUAUACCGUUGUGGCUAGAAACUCUAGCGGAGAAGCUCGUUUAUCUGCCACCAUGACCGUAGAAACGCGUUCUAGCAUAGAUACUAGCAGCAUGCAUCGCGGCACCUAUGAGAAGACUCAACGCUUAGAAGAAUCCAAGUUCAUCGAGCCGCAUUAUCAUAUCGAAGAAAUCUCCAAAUCAAAACCGAUAUUUAUCCAACCGUUGAGUGAUCCUAAACCGGUUAGCGAGGGCAAGAAUAUUCAUUUGGAGUGUCGUUUGGAACCGAUGGGCGAUCCAACGAUGAGAGUCGAAUGGUUCCAAAACGGACGGCCGGUCACGGUUGGCUCCAGAUUCAGGACUUAUUACGAUUUCGGAUUCGUCGCCCUCGACAUAGUGCACGCCACUGUUUACGAUUCCGGCGAAUAUACUGUCAGAGCUACCAAUCAUCUGGGUACCGCGCAUACCUCUGCUUGCGUGAGGGUCAUCGGAAGAUCUGAUGUUGUCACCGAAACGCAGAACGAACAAUCUCUCGAACAGAUACAAAUGUUGGAGGAUUCAUCGAGAUAUCGCAAAACUCAACAAGAAGAAGUUACUGUGAUGCAAGCACCUCAGUUUACUCGACCUUUGCACAACAUCGAAACAGUAGAACUGACCAAUGUUCAUCUCGAAUGUCGUCUACAGCCGGUCGGUGACGUGACCAUGAAAGUCGAGUGGUUCGUCAACGGUCGACCGGUUAAAACUGGCCAUCGAUUUAGACCAUCUUACGAAUUUGAUUACGUGGCUUUAGAUAUUCUCGGCGUUUAUCCUGAAGAUUCUGGCGUAUACACUUGCCAGGCUAGAAAUCAGCUCGGCGAAGCAGUUACUUCGUGUUCCGUAAGAGUACACGCAAAGAAGGAUUUACUUUUGGAAUCUCAACAUCCCGAGGGAUUGGAAAGGAUACAAUAUUUGGAGGAUGCUUCGCGAUAUAAGAGACACGAACUCGUCGACGAGGUUGUAAAUGUGAAGCCGAAAUUUAUUACGAAACCGAAGAACCAGGAAAAUCUUCGAGAAGGGCAUCACGCUCAUUUCGAGUGUAAAUUGGAGCCGGUAACGGAUUCGAAUUUAAAGGUCGAAUGGUUCAAGAAUGGCCGUCCAGUAACGAUAGGACAUCGUUUCCGUCCGAUUCAUGACUUUGGUUACGUUGCAUUGGACGUAAUUGAUCUGAUUGCUGAGGAUUCUGGAACUUACACGUGUCGUGCCGUUAAUCUGGUAGGCAGCGACGAAGUAAGCUGCAUCUUAACAUGUCGCUCGGGCGCACAAAUCUUGACGGACACGCAAAAUGAGCUUGGACUUGAACAGAUUCAUUAUCUCGAAGAUAGAUCCAAAUAUCAAAGACAAGAGGUUAUUGAAGAAACCACUACUCAGGCGCCCAUUUUCACGACUUCGUUAAACAAUGUCGAGAUAAAAGAAGGUCAACGAGCGCAUUUCGAGUGCAGAUUAAUUCCAGUGUCCGAUACAACGAUGAAAAUUGAAUGGUUCCACAAUAAUAAACCGGUGAAAGCGGGCUCGAGAUUUAUCGAAACGAACAGCUUUGGUUUCGUCGCUCUCGAUAUUAUGUAUGCAUAUCCCGAAGAUUCUGGAACAUAUACUUGCAGAGCUAAGAAUAUUAUUGGCGAAGCUAUCACUUCUGCAACUGCUAUCGUUCACUCCAAAAAGUCAAUCUAUACAGAGACUCAAAAUGAGGAAACACUUCAACGUCUUCGCACUUUGGAGGACACGUCUCGUCAUCAACGCAAAACAACAACCGAGGAAAUUAUUACGCAAGCUCCUGUCUUCACGUUACCGAUAAAAGAUCUCCGUGUUGCUGAAAAUCAGGCAGCGCAUUUCGAAGCACGUGUCAUCCCGGUUGGAGAUCCCAAACUCAAAGUGGAGUGGCUGCGUAAUGGAGUUCCUAUUUCAGCCUCAAAUCGUGUAACGACUAUGCAUGACUUUGGAUACGUUGCCUUAAACAUGAAAUACGUCAAUCCCGAAGAUUCAGGCACUUAUACGUGUCGUGCGACAAACGAGCUCGGGGAAGCGGUUACUUCAGCAACACUAUUUGUUCAAUCCAAGGCAGCCUUGCAGUUUGAAUCACAACACGAAAGCGCUUUAUCGAAACUCCAAGCCUUGGAAGAUACCUCGAAAUAUCAACGUCGAGAAGAAGAAGAGAUCAUAGUAAAAGAAAAGCCGUCCUUUACGGUCCAGUUGAAUGGACCUACCAGUCUAGUCGAAGGUCAAAGCGCACACUAUGAGUGUCGCAUAGAACCUUAUCCUGAUCCCAACAUGAAGGUGGAGUGGUUCCAUAAUGGUAAACCAUUAUCCACCGGUCACAGGUAUAGAACUACCUGCGACUUUGGAUUUGCAUCGUUGGAUGUGUUGACCGUAUAUGCCGAGGAUUCGGGCACGUAUACUUGCCAGGCCACCAAUAAAUUGGGAUCGGCAAGAAGUUCGAUUAAUCUCGACGUGAAAUCUCGAGCAUCGAUUAUUCGCGACACACAGCAUGAGACCGCAUUGAAGAAGAUACAAUAUCUUGAGGACGAUUCGAGAUAUAAGCGCAUAAUCGAAGAAGAUACAAUUAUCGCCGAGAAGCCUGCUUUCGGACGACCUUUGAAAAAUAUUGAACAUUUACCGGAAGGCAAAAACGCUCAUCUCGAAGCUACAUUGACUCCCGUAAAUGAUCCAACGAUGGUCGUUGAAUGGUUCAGAGACGGACGUCCGAUUCCUCAGGGACAUAAAUUUAAAACGACCUACGACUUUGGAUAUGUCGCUCUCGAUAUUCUUUACGCUUAUCCCGAAGACUCGGGUACUUACAUGUGUAAAGCGAGGAAUGCGGUCGGCGAGGCUGUUACUACGUGUGUGAUCAGCGUAGAUUCAAAACAAGGCUUAUAUCUUGACACGUUGGAUGUUCAACGUUUGCAAAAGAUUCGAGAGUUGGAAAGUGUCGAAAUCAAAGAAGAAGUUGAAAAAGAGGUUAUUCAUCAAAAACCUGUCUUCUUAACACCGCUAAACAAUCUGGAUCAUCUCAAGGAAGGCGAGCACGCUCAUUUGGAAUGUCGCGUGGAGCCAAUUAACGAUCCGAAUUUGAAAAUUGAAUGGUUCGUCAAUGGAGUCGCAAUUAAAACUGGUCAUCGCUUCCGCACUACACACGAUUUUGGUUACGUGGCUCUCGAUAUUUUGUAUAUCUAUCCCGAAGAUUCCGGUACUUAUAUGUGCAAAGCAACCAAUUUGGCCGGCGAAGCCGUUAAUACCUGUACUAUUAAAGUCAGCUCACGACGAAGUAUUCUUCUGGACACUCAACAUCCGGAUGGUUUAGAAAAGAUUCGAGAAUUAGAAGCCCAGGGUCAUCCCGCACGAUUGGAAAUUGAGGAACCGCCCGUGACACCGCCGAGAUUUGUCACCGAACUUAGAGGCACGACUGAAGUAUACGAAGGGCAAACCGCUCAUUUCGAAUGCCAAGUGGAACCUCUGCACGACGCUAAUCUGAGAAUUGAAUUCUUCCACAAUGGCAAACCUUUACCAUCAGCGGCGCGUUUCCACGUGACCUUCGAUUUCGGAUACGUGGCAUUAGAUAUCGGUCACGCCGUACCCGAAGACGCAGGGCAAUACUCUGUUCGUGCGAUCAACGCGCUAGGACAAUGCGUAUCGUCCAUCGAGCUCAAGGUAAUCCCACGAGACAGUAUUAUUUUGGAUUCUCAACGACCCGAGGGAAUGGACAAGAUCCGGGAGCUUGAAGCUCAACAACCGUGGAAACGACCGGAUGUUCCGGAGCCUCAAACUCGGCAGCGGCCUGUCUUCACUCAACCGUUGCAAAAUAUCGAUGGUAUCUCCGAAGGUCACACUGCGCACUUCGAAUGCAGACUUAUACCCGUGGGUGAUCCCAUGCUCAAAGUGGAAUGGUUUAGAAACGAAGUGCCUCUAGAGACAAGUUCGCGAAUUACGAAAGUACAUGAUUUCGGCUACGUAUCCCUGGACAUCUCUCACGUACGUGACGAAGACGAAGGCGUUUACAUGUGUCGCGCCUCUAAUCCGUUGGGUGAAGCGGUUACAACGGCUUCGAUGAAGAUUAAAACCAAGGCCAGUAUACAAUUGGAUACUCAGCAUCCGGAGGCACAACGUAGAAUCGCUCAGUUGGAAGCCAAGGAAGUCGGACGACCGGAGGAGCCGGAAAAGGUCUUCGAUAAACCGAUUUUCACGCAAUUAUUAACCGGACCAACAGAACUUUGGGAAGGACAAUUGGCUAGAUAUGAAUGCAGAGUCGUUCCUGUCGGCGAUGCGAGUUUAAAAUUCGAAUGGUACAUGAAUGGAGUCGAAUUAAAAAUGGGUUCACGCUUUCACGUAAAUCACGACUUUGGAUACGUAACGCUAGACAUUUUGAAAGUUAUCCCCGAAGAUUCUGGCGUUUACACCUGCAAAGCGAUCAACAACGCAGGUGAGGCGGUUUCGUCGAUUUCCCUGAAAGUAAAAGCGCGUUCAGCUAUCGCUUCCGAGAGCAUACAAGCGGACGCAUGGCAGAAGAUUCAAUUGAAGGAAGCGGAAAUGAAUAAAGUGCCAGAAAUGUUUAUCGAUACGACACCACAACAGGCACCAGUUUUCACCAAGCAUCUUGAAAGCUUCGAUAAACUAGUAGAGGGUCAACGUGUUUAUUUAGAAGCUCAAGUGGAGCCGCGAGCGGAUCCAAACUUGAGAGUAGAAUGGUUUAAAAAUGGAAUACCUUUACAGACUGGAACUAGACUUCGUAGUACGUUCGACUUCGGUCUGGUAACAUUAUCGAUCAACGGCUUGAGACCCGAUGACUCCGCAAUUUAUACUUGCAAAGCGACUAAUCUUCUGGGAGAGGCUGUAUCAACUUGUAGCUUGAAAAUUGCCGAUCGUCACUGGUUAUUGGGAGAUACUUUACAUCCGGAUGCUUUGCCGAAAAUUGAUGCCUUGGAACAGCCUCAGAUAAUUUCUACUGAACAACCGGAACCGAUUUACGAAGAACCCGUCUUUAUCACUCAUUUGAAUAACGUAGAAUGCUUCGAAGGCGAUAACGCUCACUUUGAAUGCAAUGUAGAACCAUCGAAGGAUCCUACUAUGAAAAUUGAAUGGUUCUUGAACAGUAAACCUUUACCGACCGGUGCAAGAUUUAAGAGCACUUAUGACUUCGGCUACGUGGCUCUAGAUUUGACUCACGCUUAUGAAGAAGAUUCUGGCGUAAUCACCGUAAAAGCUACAAAUUCGAAAGGAAGCGCGCAGACAUCAGGUACUUUGAAAUGCACCAGCAAGCAAAAUAUCUAUCUGCAGACGCAACAUCCGCAAGGGGAAGCCGGAUUUGAGAAGGUGAAAGAAGCAGAAGAUGCUUAUCAGUCGAAAUAUAGGAGACCGGAGGAAGGUCCUGAACACGAAUAUCCUAAACCGAUCUGGACGGUACCACUUAUGCCUGAAUUUAAAUUGGGAGAAUCUGAACCAUUACAUUUGGAAGGGCAAGUCGAACCGAAAGAUGAUCCCAAUUUAAAAAUCGAAUGGUACUUUAACGGGAAACCUUUAGAACAUGGUUCGCGCUUUAAAAUGACUAGCGAUUUUGGAUUUGUUACUUUAGAUUUAACGGAUGUUUACGAGCGCGAUUCCGGCAUUUACACUUGCAAGGCUUAUAAUAAAGCAGGCGAAGCUUUUACAUCAACGACGAUUUAUUGCUCCACAAAGGAAAAUAUCAUUGAAAAAUCGCAACAUCCCAAAGGUAAAGAAGGUCUUGAAGCGAUCCAAGAUCUGGAGGAAUCUUUGAAACGACAAGAAGGAAUUCCAGCAGGAGAAGAGGAAGGUCAACCGCCAAUGUUUACAUCACAAUUUGAGAAUCUAACUAAUCUAUCGGAAGGAGAGAUCGCUCACUUUGAAGCAUCUCUCAUUCCUACUGGUGAUCAAACCAUGGUAGUCGAAUGGUUUUAUAAUGGCAAAGCGUUAGAAGCCAGUCAUCGCACGAGGACCGUUUACGCUUUCGGCAUGGUUGUUCUUGAAGUUCUUGGAACGAAAAUAGAAGAUUCGGGCACUUAUACCUGUAGAGCCACCAACAAAUGGGGUAAAGCAGAGAUUAGCGUAGAGCUCGAGUGCAUCGACAAGUCUAAAGGACAGAAACCUAAAUUCACAACGCAUAUACAGUCUUUGGAGGGUCUGAAAGAUGGUCAAUCGGCUCACUUUGAAUGUACUCUCAUCCCGGUUGGAGAUCCUCACAUGAAAGUUGAAUGGUUCCACAAUGGAAAACCACUACGGCAUUCCUCGCGUUUCAAGAUGGUUUCUGAUUUUGGCUUUGUAGUUAUGGAUAUCGCCGGAGUGAUGUCUCAUGACACUGGUGAAUACGUUUGCAAAGCUAGCAACAAGUACGGCGAGGAUUAUACAAAAGCUACGAUCAAGUGCUUCGGUAAAAGCGGAGUUUAUUUGGAUUCUCUACAGCCAGAUUCACUCGCUAGAAUACGGGAACUCGAGAGUUUUACCGGAGAACAAGCGACUACUCCUACAACUCCCGUCGCCGAGCCACCGAAAUUCAUCACGCAAAUCGUUGAUAUUACGAAACUUGUAGAGGGACAGUCCGCACAUUUCGAGGCUAGACUAACUCCGAUAAAUGAUCCCGAUUUAAAGGUCGAGUGGUAUUAUAAUGGCAAAAAACUUCCUCACGGCCAUCGAUAUCGUACCUUCCACGAUUUUGGUAUCGUUAUCCUGGACAUACUUUAUUGUUACGAAGAGAAUUCUGGAGUUUACGAGUGCAGAGCCGUCAACAAAUACGGCGAAGAUUCUACGAAAGCAUCACUCAAAUGCUUCUCCAAGGCUAAUCUUAUUUUGGAGUCACAACUUCCGAAAGGCAUGGAAGGCGGUCUAGAGAAAAUUCAAAAUCUCGAAGAUUCGAUGAUACGUACGAGAGACGAAAAAACUGUAGAAGAACGUGGCAAGGCUCCAAUGUUCACUGUACCUUUAAGUAAUAUCGAUGGUCUACGUGAGGGGGAGAGCGCGCAUUUCGAGGCACGAUUAAUACCUACAGACGAUCCAAAAUUAAAGGUCGAAUGGUUCUGGAACGGUAAACCAUUGCGAACGGGAUCUCGUUUCCGCACUUUCUGCGAUUUUGGUUUCGUCAUUUUGGAAAUUUCUCCCAUCUAUCCUGAGGACUCGGGCGAAUAUAGUUGUAGAGCGACAAAUGAUUACGGUGAGGCAGUGACAACGUGCACUAUGAAAUGUACGGGCAAACGUAGUAUUAUUUUGGAGUCUCAGCUACCCAAAGGAAUGGAAAGUACGAUUGAUAAGAUCGCUGAAUUAGAAGGCCUCGGAACCGUUCCGGGUCAAGUUAGUCCUGAGGAUGACACCGGGAGACCGCCAGAAUUUAUUACGACCCCUUCAGAUCUGACUUUAACUGAAAAUUCUCUUGCUCACUUUGAAUGUCGACUGCAACCGAUUAAUGAUUCUAGUAUGAGAGUCGAAUGGUUUCACAACGGCAAGCCUCUUCUCGCUGGUACUAGAAUCAAGACGAUUCACGACUUUGGUUUCGUUAUUCUGGAAGUUGCAAAUUGUUAUCAACGUGAUUCCGGUCUAUACACUUGUAAAGCCACCAAUCGCCACGGGGAAGCCACGGUAUCGUGUAAACUUCAAGUUCGCGGACGUCAAGGUAUUAUCUUGGAGCCUCAGUUGCCGAGCAAUUUCAAGAGCGGUACGGAAAGCAUUCAGAAAUUGGAGGAGUCUUUAUAUAAGAGAGAUGAGAUUCUAGCGGAGGAAGAAGCACCGAAUCCACCAAGAUUCACCGUCGAACUUAAAGACAUCGAAGUUGAAGAAGCUGGACCGAGUCACUUCGAUUGCAGAGUCGAGCCUGUAGGUGAUUCUAGUAUGCGCAUCGAUUGGUUCCACAACGGCCGGCCUUUCGCGACCGGCUCUCGAGUUCAUCAGAUUAAUGAUUUCGGGUUUAUAUCGUUGGAUAUGUCGUAUACAUACGCGCGAGACAGCGGCGAAUACGUUUGCAGAGCCACCAAUAAAUGGGGGUCCGCUACCACUAAGGCCACCAUCACUUGCAAAUCCAAGAAAACGAUAGAUUUCGAUUCUCAAUUGCCAUCGGGAAUGAGCGGCGAGAAGCUGAAAGAACUCGAGCGAGGUCCAGUAUCUCAAGCUCCCGCGGAAGAAGCACCGCGACAACCACCCCAUUUCAUCACGCAAAUUCAAUCAGCAACCAUCGAUGAGGGUGAACCGGUCAGAUUCGAAUGCCGUGUGGAGCCCAAGGACGAUCCUAAUUUACGCAUCGAAUGGUAUAGAAAUAGUAAAUUGAUACCCGCUGGGCAUAGAUACAGAACAGUAUACGAUAUGGGAUUCGUAUCGAUGGAUAUCUUGUACGUCUAUCCCGAGGAUUCCGGUGAAUACGUUUGCAAGGCCGUCAACGAUCUCGGAGAAGACACUACUCGAGCUGCCAUAUCUUGCAAAAAAUUACCAAGCAUUAUUUUGCAAAAUCAAGUACCUAAGGGUAUGAAAAAAUCCGAGGCCUUGAUGCAGAUGGAAGCGACAAUUAAAAAAUAUACGUCGGAAAUUCAUUUAACCGAGGACGAUUUAUAUGACGCGGACAAAAAACAGCCGCCUCGCUUCGUCACGCAGAUUCAAGAUCAGACCGAGCUCGUUGAAAUGAAUAGCACCAAAUUCGAAUGCCAAUUAGCACCCGUGGGCGAUCCAAAUAUGAAGGUCGAAUGGUUCUUCAAUGGAAAACCAUUACCUCACAAGAAUAGAUUCACACCUAUCUAUGACUUUGGCUAUGUAGCGAUGAACUUUGGUUGGGUCUAUCCAGAAGACAGUGGCGAGUAUUUGUGCAGAGCUACGAAUCUUUAUGGAAUGGACGAGACCAGAGCUAUAAUUAGAACCGCGGGAAAACCUGGAAUUAUCUACGAAUCUCAGCUUCCAAAAGGCAUGAAGAGCAUUGAGAAGAUCAGAGAAAUGGAAGCAGCAUGGCAAAUUGUACCUGAAGAGGAAGGUGAAGAAGAGAAAGUACGUUCGGCGCCUGUUUUCGUGAGCAAACCAGAAGCGGUAACCGUUGAAGAAGGCGACUGGUCCAGAUUUUGCUGUCGAGUUACUGGAUAUCCGAAGCCUCGAGUUAUGUGGAUCAUCAAUGGUCACACAGUAGUUAAUGGAUCCCGCUAUAAAUUAACGUACGAUGGUAUGUAUCAUCUUGAUAUCCCAAAGACCAGACAAUACGAUCACGGCAAGGUGGAAGUGAUUGCAAGAAGCUCCGUUGGCGAAACACAUACAGAAACAACUCUAACGGUUAAGCAACGAAGUGACGACUACCGUGGUGUAUUGAAAAAUUCUCCAAGACCCUGGUACGAUUAUGGGCUAACACAGUACCAGACCGAGCGACAGAACACAGAAUUGGAGCGCAUAUUCGAUGAACGCCACCAAAGUGUUUCCCAAGGCAUCGAAAUUGCAACAGAGCAUCUUGGUCAUAAAGUCAUUAAAGAGCCUGAGACUGAAUGGCAAAAAUCUGUCAAGAGCAAGAAGAACGAGGACUAUUAUAAUAAGUUGAUGAACCUUGAAGAGGAACAAGUGCUUAAAGAAACUAGAUUGAGGGAGGCCUCGCAUCAGUUUGCUAUUCCUGGCGACAAAGUCGUUGCACAUUCUCUAGCAAAGGGAAUGGCUCAAAAGUACGAAGAGAAUUUGGAGGAACAACCUCAACAAUCCGUGGAACCACCUCCAAAAUAUGUGAAGAAGCCGUUUGUUACCGAAGUGGACAUAGACACGGAACACGUUAAAGUCACUGGAAAGUAUCCCCCAGGACCGUCUGAAUCCACAAUUCAUGGUCGCGAAGUUCACGUAGCUAAACAGAAACAAACGCAAAAGGAAGUCAAGGGUGACUUGGAAAUAACGAGAAAGAUCACGGCAACGGAGACUACAGAGGUUGAACAUAAAGCGAAGACACAGGAACGUGUAGUUCAAGGACAAGUAAAACCUGCGAAACCGCCUGUCUUCACGAAAAAAAUUCAACCGUGCAGAGCAUUUGAGCAAGAACAGGCCAAAUUUGAAGUAGAAUUCGAUGGUGAUCCAUUGCCGACCAUCAAAUGGUAUCGCGAAGAUUUUCCUAUACAAAAUUCGGCCGACCUUCAAAUUUACACCUUCAGCACGAAAUCGAUAUUAAUUAUCAGACAAGUUUUUAUGGAAGACUCCGGCGUCUUUUCCGUCAUUGCUGAGAAUAGAGGAGGAAAAGCCAAGUGCAGCGCCAAUUUGGUUGUGGAAGAACGUAGAAGACAUCCUGGACGAGGUGGCGCGGUGCCACCUAGUUUCUUGACUACAAUUCAAUCUACUUCUGUAGCCACUGGACAGCUCGCCAGAUUUGAUGCCAAAAUUACUGGCACCAAGCCUUUAGAUGUUUAUUGGCUUAAGAAUGGCAAGAAGAUAACGGCAGAUAUCCGUUACAAAACUUUGGAAGAAGACAACAUUUACACACUUCUGAUCUUAGAGACGAUACCGGAAGAUAUUGGCAAAUAUGAAUGUGUUGCAAUUAACAACGCUGGAGAAGCGCGUUGCGAAGCUGAAUGUACCGUUCGCGGGCCUCAAUCGCCGACAAAAGUCGCGAAACCCACGACCCCGACGGUGGAAAAAGCACCAACCGUUUUGGAACCACUAAGAGAUCAAACUAUCAAAGAGGGAACGUCUGUUGCUUUCGCUUGCAGAAUUACAGGAAAGCCUGUUCCGACUGUGCAAUGGAAGAAAGCCGAUAAGAUAAUCAAACCGUCCAAGUACUUCCAAAUGCAGAAGGAAGGCGAUUUGUGUACUCUGAGAAUUUCUGAAGCGUUCCCCGAAGACGAAGGGGUUUAUAAAUGCAUCGCUAAAAAUCCCGCUGGUGAUGUUACGACAUCUGCCAAUCUCAGAGUUCUCGCACCCGAUACAGCUGACGUUCUGCCAAAAUUGACACCUCUUAAGGAUCAGAUAGUCGUUGAAGGACAGCCGGCUCAAUUCAAGACUCAAGUGAGUCCGACAAAGCCUAAACCGACGAUUCAAUGGUAUCGAGAAGGUGCCUUGAUCCCACAAUCGCCAGACUUCCAGAUGAUUCACGAAGGCAACAAUGCGGUGCUACUCAUAGCAACCACGUACGAGGAGGACACUGGCACUUUCACCUGCCGUGCUACAACUUCAGCCGGUACCGUAGAAACAUCCGCCAAACUCAUCGUCAAAAAAAGAAAAGAAGCCUAUUACGCGGUUCCCGCAGAAACGGGUGCCAGUAUAGAAAUAGAUGCAAAACUUCAGCAAGACUUGAGAGAAGAUAUAAAUUUAAAAUCUUUAGCUCUCGAUGAGAAUGGCUUACCCCUUGAAGUACAGCUUCGACCGGGUGAUGAAUCAUUACCCUGGAGAAAAGAGCGUGUUCAGCAUCGACCUCAAAUUAGCGAAUCACUUCCAUGGAGGAAAGUGAAAACAAAAUCAAGAGAUUCCUCUUUGGAUAAGCUUCGAGCUUUCGAAAGUCAAAUAAAACCAUGGACUGAAGAAGAAGUGGUUUUGAAAAAAGCUCCUCAAAUUACCAAAGAUGUAACCAAAGAAAAAUUGGAAGAGGUUGAAUUAAAGCCAACAAAGAUCAAAAAGAAAGAAAUUGAAAAAUCUGAUCUCGAAACGAUUCAACUAAAAUCCGUGCCUAAAGAUGUAACAAAUAUUACAGUAACCGAAAAGAGAGUUACUCGUGAUGAUGAUACUAAGCUUGAACUUUACAAAGAGGAAACAGAUGCUACUCUGCUAAAAACAUCGCGUCGUUUAGACGAAAUUGUAUCAAGAAAAGAAAAAAGCGAAGCAAAACCAUGGACAGAAGAACAAAUUACUUUAAAGAAAACGAAACCAAAGACAAAAGAAAUUUCAGAAAUAGACAUUGAAGAAAAAAUUGAUUAUAUCGAACAAGAAGACAGUUCUUUGCUUAAAAUUUCAAAAGAUGAGGAAACACAAAAAACUAAGAAAGAAAAGCCUAUCGAAAGCAAACCAGAACAAUUCAAACCUUGGACGGAGGAAAGAAUUGCUCUGAAAAAGGCGAAAUUAGAAAAAAAAGAAAUACCUAAAGAAACCCUCGAAAGUGUUACACUGAAACCUUCGCAAACAAUACAAAAAGAUCUUGUAAAGCCAAUUUUAGAAAAAGCAGACUUUAAGCCGAUUUCAAAGGAAGAACCUGAAAUAAUUUCAUUAGAAACUACGUCCAUCGAUGUUUCUACAGUCAAAGAAGCGAGAAGGGCGAGUAAAGAUGUGACAGAUACAGAUAAAACGGAUAAAAUAAAACCAUGGACAGAAGAAAAAAUUACUUUAAAGAAGUCUAAAACUAUCCAAAAAGAAAUGGAAAAAGAGAUGGUAGAAACGGUGGAAUUAAAACCAUCUAAACUUACUAAGCUGCCAUAUAGAAAACCGAGCUUAGAGAAAAUAGAUUUAAAACCUGUCACGAAAGAAAAGACAAGUAUUGUAGAGACCGCUAAAAAAAUCGACGUUAUUGAACAGGAAGAUACUACAUUACUUCAGGUUUCAACUGAAACAUAUGACAUUGCCAAAUUAAAACCAUCAAAACCGCAUAUAAGCGAAAAGCCAAUACAAAAAGAAAAAGAUGACGUAAAAGUUAUGGGAACAUAUACUGAAGAAGAAGAUACUUUACUUACAUCAGAACGCACAAUGUCGGAAACUACAAGCGUCGACAAAAAAAUAAAAAGAAAAGAACAAACGCUACAAGAAAAGCCACAAUCAAAGUCAUGGACAGAAGAAAAAGUAAUCCUGAAGAAAACAAAACCAGAGCAAAAAGAAAUACGCAAAGAAACUUUAGAAGAAAUAUCAUUAAAACCAGUAAAAAUCAAAGAAAUAAUAACGAAUGAAGAAAUAACAGAAAAAGUAGAUUUGAAACAUGUUAAAAAAGAAACUACGGAUAUUAAAAAGCAACAAGAAAAAGUACCAUAUCACGAAGAAGAAGAUAAAAUUAUUAUUGAAACGGAUAAAAAUAUCGAGUCAAUUAAGAAAGUAAGAAGUAAAAAGAAAACCGAUGAAAGUGUACCAUACACGGAAGAGGAAGAUACUAGCAUGCUCGCCAUCGAGAGAACUGACGAAACAAUCGAAAAAUCUAUGAAAGAAGAAAUACCAGUGCCAUGGAUUAGAGGGAAAAAAGCAAAAGAAAGAAAAGAAGUUGAAGAAAUAAAACCAUUACAAAUAAUUAAACCCGAAACAGAUUCGGAGGAAGAUAAAUCAAUAAAGACAUCAGAAGCUCCAUGGCGUCGUACAUCAAAACCAUCAAUGAUUCAAAAAAUUUCAGAAGAAUCAACAAAAGAUGAUACUAAAGAAGUAUCUGAAAUAACUUGGCGAAAACCUAAAAAAGAUAAAACGAUACAAAUCGUUAAAGAAGAACCACAGGUUGAAGAUUUUACAUCCGUGGUAUUGAAACCGACAAGACGUCCUGAAAAACCUGAAGAACAGAAAUCAACAGAAGAAAUUGUUCUAAAACCAGUAAAACAAGUACUCAAAGAAGAAGAAGAAAUAUCAGAAAAAAUCACUCUUAAACCGGUUAUAAAGGAAAAACCAGAGACAAAAGCAUUACCUGAAAAAAUAGUUAACGGAGAUGUAUCCACUGAAAAGAUAGAUUUACCAUGGAGACGUGGAAAGAAACCAAUACAAAUUCAGGAGAAAGCCGAGGAUAUACAGCAACCGGAGAAACCAGAAGAACCGAAACCAGAAGAAGUUGUAUCGAAACAAAUUAAAAAGCUUCCUAAAGAGAAAGAAAUAAAAGAAUCAAUUAUUUUAAAACCAGUAGAAAAAGAAAAACCCGAGGAGAAACCCGAACAGGUUCGAUUGAAACCAGUGAGAAGAAUAGAGAAACCAGAAGAACCAAAACCUGAAGAAAUUGUAUUAAAGCCUGUUAAGAAACUUCCUAAAGAGAAAGAAACAAAGGAAUCAAUUAUUUUGAAACCAGUAGAAAAAGAAAAACCCGAAGAGAAACCCGAGGAAGUUCGCUUAAAACCAGUAAAAAGAUUAGAAAAACCAGAAGAACCGAAACCUGAGGAAAUCGUAUUGAAGUCUGUUAAGAAACUUCCUAAAGAAGAAGAAACAAAAGAAUCAGUUAUUUUGAAACCAGUAGAAAAAGAAAAACCCGAGGAGAAACCCGAACAAGUUCGAUUGAAGCCAGUGAGAAGAAUAGAGAAACCAGAAGAACCAAAACCUGAAGAAGUCAUAUUAAAGCCUGUUAAGAAGCUUCCUAAAGAAGAAGAAACAAAAGAAUCUAUUAUUUUGAAACCAGUAGAAAAAGAAAAACCCGAGGAGAAACCCGAACAAGUUCGAUUGAAGCCAGUGAGAAGAAUAGAGAAACCAGAAGAACCGAAACCUGAGGAAGUUGUAUUAAAGCCUGUUAAGAAGCUUCCUAAAGAGGAAGAAACAAAAGAAUCUAUUAUUUUGAAACCAGUAGAAAAAGAAAAGCCGGAGGAGAGACCCGAGGAAGUCCGCUUAAAGCCAGUGAAAAAAGUAGAGAAGCCGGAAGAACCGAAACCUGAGGAAAUCGUAUUAAAGCCUGUUAAGAAGCUUCCUAAAGAAGAAGAAACAAAAGAAUCAGUUAUUUUGAAACCAGUAGAAAAAGAAAAACCCGAGGAGAAACCCGAACAAGUUCGAUUGAAGCCAGUGAGAAGAAUAGAGAAACCAGAAGAACCGAAACCUGAGGAAGUCGUAUUAAAGCCUGUUAAGAAGCUUCCUAAAGAGGAGGAAACAAAAGAAUCUAUUGUUUUAAAACCGGUAGAAAAAGAAAAACCGGAGGAGAAACCCGAGGAAGUCCGCUUAAAACCAGUGAAAAGAUUAGAGAAACCAGAAGAACCGAAACCUGAGGAAGUUGUAUUAAAGCCUGUUAAGAAGCUUCCUAAAGAGGAAGAAACAAAGGAAUCUAUUAUUUUGAAACCAGUAGAAAAAGAAAAGCCGGAGGAGAGACCCGAGGAAGUCCGCUUAAAGCCAGUGAAAAAAGUAGAGAAGCCGGAAGAACCGAAACCUGUGGAAAUCGUAUUAAAGCCUGUUAAGAAGCUUCCUAAAGAAGAAGAAACAAAAGAAUCAGUUAUUUUGAAACCAGUAGAAAAAGAAAAACCCGAGGAGAAACCCGAACAAGUUCGAUUGAAGCCAGUGAGAAGAAUAGAGAAACCAGAAGAACCGAAACCUGAGGAAGUCGUAUUAAAGCCUGUUAAGAAGCUUCCUAAAGAAGAGGAAACAAAAGAAUCUAUUGUUUUAAAACCGGUAGAAAAAGAAAAACCGGAGGAGAAACCCGAGGAAGUCCGCUUAAAACCAGUGAAAAGAUUAGAGAAACCAGAAGAACCGAAACCUGAGGAAGUUGUAUUAAAGCCUGUUAAGAAGCUUCCUAAAGAGGAAGAAACAAAAGAAUCUAUUAUUUUGAAACCAGUAGAAAAAGAAAAGCCAGAGGAGAGACCCGAGGAAGUCCGCUUAAAGCCAGUGAAAAAAGUAGAGAAGCCGGAAGAACCGAAACCUGAGGAAAUCGUAUUAAAACCUGUUAAGAAGCUUCCUAAAGAGGAAGAAACAAAAGAAUCAAUUAUUUUGAAACCAGUAGAACAAGAAAAGCCGGAGGAGAAACCCGAGGAAAUCCGCUUAAAACCAGUGAGAAAGUUCGAGAAACCGGAGGAACCAAAACCUGAGGAAGUCGUAUUAAAGCCUGUUAAGAAGCUUCCUAAAGAGGAGGAAAUAAAAGAAACAAUUAUUUUGAAACCGGUAGAAAAAGAGAAACCGGAGGAGAAACCUGAGGAAGUUCGCUUAAAACCAGUGAAAAAGUUACAGAAACCGGAAGAACCGAAACCUGAGGAAGUCGCAUUAAAGCCUGUUAAGAAGCUUCCUAAAGAGGAGGAGACAAAAGAAUCUAUUGUUUUGAAACCGGUAGAAAAAGAAAAACCGAAGGAGAAACCCGAGGAAGUUCGCUUAAAACCAGUAAAAAGAUUAGAAAAACCAGAAGAACCGAAACCUGAGGAAGUUGCAUUAAAGCCUGUUAAGAAGCUUCUUAAAGAGGAGGAAACAAAAGAAACAAUUAUUUUGAAACCGGUAGAAAAAGAAAAACCGGAGGAAAAACCCGAGGAAGUCCGCUUAAAACCAGUAAAAAAGUUAGAGAAACCGGAAGAACCGAAACCUGAGGAAGUCGUAUUAAAGCCUGUUAAGAAGCUUCCUAAAGAAGAGGAAACAAAAGAAUCUAUUGUUUUAAAACCAGUAGAAAAAGAAAAACCGGAGGAGAAACCCGAGGAAGUUCGCUUAAAACCAGUGAAAAAGUUAGAGAAACCGGAAGAACCGAAACCUGAGGAAGUCGUAUUAAAGCCUGUUAAGAAGCUUCCUAAAGAGGAGGAAACAAAAGAAACAAUUAUUUUGAAACCGGUAGAAAAAGAAAAACCGGAGGAGAAACCCGAGGAAGUUCGCUUAAAACCAGUGAAAAAGUUAGAGAAACCGGAAGAACCGAAACCUGAGGAAGUCGCAUUAAAGCCUGUUAAGAAGCUUCCUAAAGAGGAGGAAACGAAAGAAUCAAUUAUUUUGAAACCAAUAGAAAAAGAAAAACCGGAGGAGAAACCCGAGGAAGUUCGCUUAAAACCAGUGAAAAAGUUAGGGAAACCGGAAGAACCGAAACCUGAGGAAGUCGUAUUAAAGCCUGUUAAGAAGCUUCCUAAAGAGGAGGAAACAAAAGAAUCUAUUGUUUUAAAACCGGUAGAAAAAGAAAAACCGGAGGAGAAACCCGAGGAAGUUCGCUUAAAACCAGUGAAAAUGUUAGAGAAACCAGAAGAACCGAAACCUGAGGAAGUCGUAUUAAAGCCUGUUAAGAAGCUUCCUAAAGAGGAGGAAACAAAAGAAUCUAUUGUUUUAAAACCGGUAGAAAAAGAAAAACCGGAGGAGAAACCCGAGGAAGUUCGCUUAAAACCAGUGAAAAAGUUAGAGAAACCGGAAGAACCGAAACCUGAGGAAGUCGUAUUAAAGCCUGUUAAGAAGCUUCCUAAAGAGGAGGAAACGAAGGAAUCAAUUAUUUUGAAACCGGUAGAAAAAGAAAAGCCCGAGGAGAAACCCGAAGAAGUUCGAUUAAAACCAGUGAAAAAGUUCGAGAAACCGGAAGAACCGAAACCUGAGGAAGACAAACCAACAGAUAUAAUGGCAGCUCCUUGGCGGCGUGGUAAACGAACGAAGAAAGUAGUUGAUUUCAAAGAGGAAGUUACAAUAGUGCCAAUUGAUCAAGAAGAAUCGGUUACAGAGAUAUCUGAGGAAAGAAAAACAACAAUAAUUACAGAAGGUACUCAAAAACAAGUUGAAAUUAAAGUAGAAUCUGUACCAUCUCGGGAAGAAGAGAGAACUGAACAGAUAAUUGCAACAAGCGAAAUUUCAUGGAGAAAAAAGAAACAAGAGCAAAUCAAAAUGGAAGAAGAGAAAGAAAUAGUUGUUUUAAAGCCUAUCGAAGAAGUUAAAGAUUCAAAACCGGAAGUUAAACAAAUUGAAGAGCAUGUAUUAAUUCCAGUUAAAGAUGAGAAAUUACCUGAGGAAGUUGAAAAAGAUGUAAUUCAACUAAAACCGACACCUAAAAAGAAAAUAAAGAAAGAAGAAGUAGUAGAAGAAAUUAAAUUAAAACAAGUUAGUAAAGAAAAAAUAAUAGAAGACAAACCUAAGGAAGAGGAAAUUAUUGAAUUGAAGCCUAUAACAUUUGAGAAAGAAAUAGCAAAGGUAUCGGAGGAAAAAGAUGAAGCCAUUAUUAAAAUGGUUAAAAUACCAUCUAAGAAAAUAGAAAAAGUGCCCGAAGAAAUCGUUCCUAUUAUUGAGGAAAAGAAGGAUGAAAUUACUACUAAAAUUGAAGAAAUCCAAGAAACUGUUGAAGAUGUUAAAUUACAAAUUAAGACAGAUGUUACGCAAAUAGAAGACCGUAAAAGGAAACGUAGACAACGUACUCAAGUCGAUAUAUCUAUUAUAGAUAAGGACAAAACUGUUGCUCCACGAUUUAUUCAAAAAUUACAGCCUGUUAUCGCUGAGCUAGAGAAACCUACUAAAUUUACAUGUACUGUCAUAGGAAAUCCCUUCCCUGAAAUUUCAUGGUAUAAAAAUCAACAAGAACUCCAUGCGAGCGAAAAAUAUACAAUGACUAUAUUCGAAACAACAGCAACUUUAGAAAUUACAAAAGUUAAAGAAGAAGAUGCUGGAAUGUAUUCUUGCAGAGCAUCUAAUCCAGCUGGGGUUGCAACAUCUACUGUCAAUCUUGUGAUAUUCGAAAAAGAAGAGGAAGGCGUAGCGCCGCAUUUCUCGACACCAAUCAAACCGCUAAUGGUCCAAGAGCAUACACCUGCUUUAUUAGAAUGUGUUGUCACUGGCACACCAGUACCGGAAGUGAAAUGGUAUCGCGGUGAAAGAGAAGUAAAACCAAACGAAAAAACCGAGAUUACUUUUAAUCCAACAACUGGAGAAGCUAAACUGAAAAUUUUAGAGCCAACACCGCAAGAUGAAACAAUAUAUCGCGUUCGCGCUGUAAAUAAAUAUGGUCGUGCUGAAUGCAGAGCUAAUUUGGUGAUCAGUAACAUUGUUAAAGUAAGCAAACCGAUUGUUCUCAGAGCACCACGUAUUACACGACCUCUACCAGCUCUUGUAGCAGAGCGUAGCAAGCCUCUGAAACUUUCGGCUGAUUUUGAGAGCGCACCAAAACCCGAAGUUAAAUGGUUCCGCAAUGGUAUUGAAAUUGCGCCAACUGACAGAUGCGUGAUAAACAUUUACGAGAGUACAGCUGAAUUAAUUAUAUCUGAUGUGACGAAAAAAGAUAGCGGCAAAUAUGAGAUUAGAGUUCAGAAUGAAGCCGGCGAAGCAAGAAGUUCAAGUUCUGUUACUGUCAAGGAUCGUGAAGAUACUACAAGCGAAGUGAAAGCACCGAUGUUUGUAAAGCCGAUUCAACCUCAACUCGUUGCAGAAGGAGAAGUUGUUAUCAUGGAAACAAAAGUAGAAUCAUAUCCGACAGCAUCUUUCCAAUGGUUCCACGAAAGCAAACCUCUUGAGUCGACGCCGCAGGUGAGAAUCGUGACUCAAGAGAAUCGAUCAAUUUUAAUGGUGAAACAAGUUACACCGGAACUUGUCGGUAGCUACACCUGUCGUGCUGAAAAUGUCGGUGGCUCGGUCACUUGUACAGCCAGCGUUAACAUUACAGAAACAAUAUGGGAAGAAGCAAUUGAAUUGAUUUCGCCGACAUUUGUUAAAAGACUCUCACCUGUAAGAGUUAUGGAUGGCGAGAGUGUUAAUUUAACCUGUGUCGUUGAAGGGAAACCGAUACCUAGGGUAGAAUGGUACCAUAAUGACAUGCCAAUUAAAGAAGGCAAAGAAAUAACAAUUAUCCAGGAUAUGGAAGGUGUCUGUAGCCUAGCCAUUACCGAGGUAUUCCCGGAGGAUGCUGGAGAAUAUACCUGUCGCGCUAUAAAUCCUGUUGGCGAGGCUGUCUGCAUGUCAUCACUUGUCGUUGAAGCUUACGAGUACGUUCCUGACUCGGAAAUUGCAUCUUCGAUAGUCGCAACAUCUCUAACCACAGGAUCGGAAGAAGAUCUUUUAUCUCCGAAAGAAACUCCAAUAUUUGACAUUGACACAGAAGAAUCCUCACCGGAAAUAAUUAAACAGCUUCCUCAGUUAAUUCCUAUCAAAGAUGGGGAAUUAACUAGAUUGGAAGUGAAAGUGAAAGGUAAACCAAAACCGGAAGGAAAAUGGUAUAAACAAGGUGUGGAAAUUGUCUCAUCACAAGAAUUCCAAAUUGAAGAAUUUGAAGAUGGUACGUCGGUGCUGACGAUCGCUGAAACUUUUCCCGAUGAUACUGGUGAAAUUGUAUUCGAAGCUCACAAUCCACUCGGCGUGUCGACCACGACGACAUAUUUAUCAGUAGAAGGUAUACUGGGCACAAAAGAAUACCGGAAACCAGAAUGGGUCACACAGAUGGAAAAAAUGCAAGAAAUUUUAAAAGCCACGCAAGCUGUUCCACGAUUUAUACAAGAGAUAACGGACAUCUAUACAAAAGAAGGAAAUGUUGCCGUGUUUGAAUGUAUCUACUCUGGUAAUCCCAAACCAGAUAUUGUUUGGUAUAAAAAUGAUAAGCUUUUAAUGAACACGGAAAAUGUAAAAAUACGAUUACUUGAUCAAGAAAAUAAGACCACUUUAACAAUCAAGCGAGCCACCAAAGAUGAUGAUGCUACAUAUGUUUGUAAAGCUACUAGUGAAAUUGGCAUGAUAACAACUAAAGCCAAAUUACAUGUCGAUACUAUAAGCGAUUCGGGAUUAAUGCCGGACGACGUAAUCAAAGAGGAAGAAAAGCCGAAAAAACAAGAAGAGAAACCGCACAAAAAGAAAAAGACCGAACUAAAGAAAGCAAAAGAAAUCAAAGAAAAAGUAAAGGCCGAACGUAUCAAGAUCGAGAAGGAAGAAAUCCAUGAAGAAAAACUUAUACCGAAGGAACAAACAGAAGAAAAGAGAAUUGUCGAUGUAGAAGAAACUCAACUAUUAGAAACUACAGAAAUUAUAAAAGAGAAGCCCGAGGAGAUUUCUAGAGCACGAAGAAUAGUACCCAUCCAAGAACCGAUUAUGACUGAAGCAACAGCUUCUUUGAAGAAAAUUGAUCAAAAAUUGCAAGAGGAUAUACCUAAAAUCGAAGAACGUGCUAAAAGAAUUGUUGAGGAACGGGAAAGUGUCAUUAUAUCAGAAAUCACGAGCGAAGAUACUGCCCCCGAUUUCACUGUCGAAACAAAACUCGAUCAUGCUGAAAUUACUUCGGAAACUUUGCAGAAAGUAUCGGUCUCGGAAACGCAUGUAGAAGCAGGUGUACAAGAAACGAAACGUAUAGAAACGAAACAGAAAAAGGCGAAGAAAAUAAAAGGAGAAAAAAUUAAAGAAGAUAUUACAAUAAAAGAAAUUGUGGAACGACAAAAGGAAAACAUAGCUCGCGAAGUUGAUGAAAUAAUGGAAAUACUUGACGCGAAGGAGUUUGGCCCAGGAGAGUCUCCUCUUCGAGAGCUCGCUACGAUUGGUUAUUUGGUUCGACAAGGUGUAUCUGUAAAUGAAAUCAAUGAAUGUCUUUACAGGACUGAAAUCUUUCCCGCUUUAAAAACACCCGAUGCUCAAAAUGCUUUGGUUCAACUGGUGGAAAGAAAAGGUCACGGGCCCUUGAUCACUCAAGUGCUUACUGAAGAGACGACGACUGAUGAGAGCUUUGUCGCGGCGACAGUUGGUUUUCGUGCUUUCAUGAGAAUGGUCGAGCUUCAGCAUGCUACUGUAGAAGAAGUCAUUACGCACUUUGCUCCAGAAGAUUUCAGACCACGUGCUUGGGAAGUUACGGAAGUUUCUGAGAUUGAGACCGAACAACAUGCUACAGAAAGAGUGGAUAUCGUUCGCAAAACAGAGGUUCAUUUUAUGGAGAGGAGAGACGAAAGGAAAGCCACUCACGCACAGGAUAUUCGAGAAAUUAAAGAAUACGAGGACACACGGCAGGCACACACAACACUGCGCAAACGCAAAGAUAGGAAACCAAGAGAUCAGAUCGAAGAAACAACACAAGAUAGGGAAGAGGGGGUUCAAAUUGUUAAAUUUGAGGAAAUCGAGGAGAUUGAAAAGGAAAGAAAAAAGGAAGCAGAAGAAAUCGAAGAAGAGAUUAUUGAACUUGAACGGGAUACAAAGGGCAGAUUGAUUCGUAAGCAAAAACAAGAUGUAGAAAAACAGGUAGAUGUAGAAGAGGAGGAAGAAAUGAUUAAAAAAGUUAAAAAGACAUUAAUGCCAAAGAAAUCAGAUAUUAGUAAAGAUGAGAUACAACUGGAAGAGAUAGAAGAAUUUGAAAUAAUAAAGGAUAAAUCAGUGCCAUCUAUUGCUUUGAAUGUGUCUAGUCAACGUAAUCAAGUGAUACCUUUAGAUCAUACGGUCGAACAAGCGCCUGGUAAACCUGAAUCGGAAAAAGCAAAAUAUACUUUAGACACUGUUAUUGCAUUAACAGGAGAAACAACGUCAGUACACGAAAGAGAAAUUGAUGAAGUGAUGAAUAUUAAGCCCGCCGAACGUAAAGCGUCGAUAUCAAUCUCGUCGAUUGAACCAUAUUCUAUUACAGAAACUACCGCACAGAUAUAUACCAAGGAAUUUUCGGGCACUUUCAAAGCCGUUUCUUAUGAAGCUACGCCUUCUGUAAUAACGAAAGAAAGUCUUCUUGUCAGCGAAACAUUAACGCACGAUGACGAUGUAUUGAAUUUAACUCUGGCUCAAGCGGAAAAGAGUCGUAAAGCAGAUGUGCAAUUCACCAUGCAGGAAGCUACAACUAUUAGUGAGACUAUAGUCAAUCAAAGUGAAAUACCAACUGAAGAUUUCGUGACACCUUUAGGCGUUAAGGCAGAAGAUACUAUUUUACCACAGAUAGAACUCUCAGUUUAUGAAAUACAGGAAGGUUUGACUGAAGAAAAGUUGGAGCCUGAGAAAACGAUACCUACGAAACCACGAAUUAAUAUUAACGCGAUGGAACCGAUAUUGAUAGAGGAAAUUCGUCCCGAAGAUAAGCCAGGGAAAUAUUAUCCAGAGUUGAUAGUGCCCACUGAAAUGGCUACCGAAACGGUGAUUUCGCAGAAACAACGCGUCACUGAAGAAAUGAACGCGCCUGAAAAAGAAGGAACAUAUAUUCCAGGUAGAUUACCGCCAAGUCAAACUGCCCAGAUUGGAAUCUCAUAUGGAAACGAAACUGCUGUUAUUCAUCACGAUCUCGUACAAGAGCGUGAAGGUGAAUAUAUUCCCGAUCGUAAAGUAGAUUCUUUUGAAGCUAUGCCAAAUGUCAUUCUUUUGGAAGGAGUUACAAUUUCAACAAUCAAUACACAACAAAAAGAAGAUGAUUUAACGAUCGAAGACAAUAAACAGGUCACGGCAGAUUUUAAUAUCGUCGAAAUUAUAUCAGCCGUAACAGCAGAGACAUUAACUUCUGAAAAAGAACGAGAUUAUCGUCCCGAUGAUAAGCCCGCUAGUAAAUUGGCUGUCACGUCGAUAUCGCCAUUGGAGAUUGGUUCUAUAACAGACACGAUUGUUCAAGAAUCUGAAGGAUUCUAUAAUGCUGAUCAAAAACCAUUUGAAGCAUUAGCAGAGACAUCGAUUAGACCGGAAGAACACGUUUUAAUAUCUCAAGUUCAAACCGCGGAUUAUCCUGGAGAUCUAAAAGAUACGCUCAAAUAUGUUUCGGAGAGUGGUGUUGUAUCUAUUCAAUUGACGGAAGCGAAAACUGUACUCGAAACGCUUGCUCACGAUCGAGAGGCUACUAUGGAAGAAAAUGCUAAACCGGAAACCCAUACGGUCGAGAUGGUAUAUGAUGCUAUCAGAGGUAUUGAGAUAUCGCAAACUACUUCUAUAGAGAAAGAGACCGAAUUGAAAAUCUUCGAGAUGCCUGAAUCACAUCGCGGCAAAACAGUACCUACUCAUCCAAUGAUCUCACUUGAAGUUCAAGAAACUCAGCCAGAGAACAAUUUAGGUGACGUUACAAAAGAAGCUUUGUCAAUCGCUACGGCUAAAAUCGAAGCGGUCAGUUUACAAGAGACAAUCGUUGGCGAGACUGUCGCAGCAGAAAAUGUAACUCCGGCAAAAGAAGAUAAGAGUCCCGAUACUAGAACUGCCGUAGUUUCGAUGGAUCAGAUCGAAGGCUUACAUACCACGAUGAUCGUUGCUAGCGAGAAAGAAAUUGAAUAUGUUGAAACAGCUGAUGUUAAAAGUGCAUUUGCGAGUACUGAAUAUAUGACACAAAUGGCUCCGGUAUGUGAACAAGUGAGAACAGAGUCGCCGACCGAAGAAUAUCUAGAGGAACAUAAACCUACGAGCGGAAAAGCAUAUACAUCUCACGUUCCUAUAGAGACUGUCAGUGUCGCUGUACAAGAAACUGCUGAGAAGGAAGAAAUUUAUAAAGCAGAUGCGAGGCCUGAGGGAAAAAUAGCGAAUAUCGAACUUACGGAAACAAGACCUGGUGCUAGUGUUCUCGAAGUAAUUCCGCAUGAUUUCGAAAAUAUCUACACACCAGAUAUUAGACCGGAGACUUAUACAAUUGAAUCAUCUAUAACUGGUCAUACUGUCGCAUCGAAGGCAGAAAUCUUAGUGGAACAAAGCGCUGGAAAAAUAAAGAGCGAUCUACCGAAAUCAAGCAAAGCGAUAUUACAGCAAGAAGCUCUGGAAGAAUUGAUAGUAACAGAGACAAAUAUCAGUGAAGCGGAACGAAUCAGAGAAGAAGAUAUAUGUCCUAUUAAACAGAACGCUGCAGUCGAAAUAUGUGCCCAAUCCGAAAAAUUGACUGUCACUGAAAUAACGACGAUAAUGAAGGAGGAGGAAUUGUCAGUGGAGAAAUUACCAGACAAACGGAAAGUUGUAUUGGACAUAACCGGAGGCCAUGAAAUAGCCGAGACGCAGGAAAUGAUUCUUGCGAACAAUAUAAGCGAUUUGAAGGAAGAAAAGCCGAAUCGGGAAAGUGCCAAUCAAUUACAGAGCGGAUUAGAUGUUGUACAGCAAAUGGAAGUAUCAGUAUCCGAGAAAGAAUCACCUUUAACAGCAGACGUAAAACCCGAUGCCAAAAAGAUCGGCAUUACUUUUCAAGAAGGAGAAGGUAUAAUGAUUGCGAUCACACAUCCCGAAGACAAAGAAGAUAUACUUGGUGAGAAACCGGUGCCAAAGACUGCUGAAGCUGUAAUUGAUAUGGUAACACAAAAAAUAGCAUCAAAAUAUGAAAUUAUUAGCAAUAUCGCUCCAACCGAAUUAUCUACCGUCUCUACACAGGAAGUGCGUCCUAAAACGACAUUAUUGCCAUUUGAGACAGUUAUCACUGAAGAAGUACAAACGAGGGAGACUGAGAAACUUCUUCCUUAUAUACCAGCGCCAGAGAAAAUAGCUAAUCUUGAAUUUAUAAUGGGCGAGAGUCUCGUUAUUUCAUCUAUUACAGCAGAGGAUAAGGAAAGUACACUCACAGAAAUGGAAAAACCGGAAUCUAAAUCUGCUAUAUUUGAUAUUCCGACUCAUAUAGUGGCGCAAGCUGCCGAGGUAACUGCGACUGAUAAUAUCAGCGAAUUAAAACGCGAAGAAACGAUCUCUGCAAUGGCUACGACCGAACACAUCACUCAUCAUAGCAUUGUAGCAUCAGAGACAUCGAUCGGAGAUUCGGAACAGCCGAUGGUUGAUUUCGUCAAGCCAGAUAAGAAAAAAGUCGACGUGUCGUUCGAAGAAGAAGUGAGCGUAAUGGUAAUUGAAACGAUUCCAUCUGACAAGGAACGAGAAUACUUGAAGAAACCGGAUAUUCCAGGUGAAAAAAUCACUACAAGUUUCGAUGCACAUAAAAUCGCCGAACUUACAGAAAUUACACCAGCCACUUAUCUAGGAAGUCUCGAUGUGAAAGCACCAACAAGCGCAGCGGCAAAAGUAGAACGUUUGCCAUUUGAAAGCAUUGUUCAAAGCGAAACUGUUGCAACGGAAACCGAGAUAGAAUUCAAGGAUAAACCUGUAAAAACCGAUACGGCUCAAAUAUCUAUCGACGAAAUUAUCAGUGCUACUAUGUCUACCGAAACUUUAGCCGAAAAGGAAGAUGUUCUUCGAAUUCCCGAAAGGCCUGCAGAGAAAAGAGCUGAUAUUCAAUUUACUGGGCGCAUAAUUGCCGAGAAAAGCGAAGUCACUCCAGAUUCUAGUAUGGGAGAAUUGGCAGACACGAAACCGACUUCUGUUUUAGCCGUACUCUCUAGCAUUCCGUUAGAGGCAGUAGUACGAACAGAAAUGCAAUUAACAGAAGCAGAGGCUAUACUCGAAAAAGAUAAAGUACCAUCAAUGUUUCAAGCAGACUCUUCUAUGAUAUUAGAACAAAGUCUACAAGUAUCUUCAGUAAUCUUGGAGGACAAGGAAAUCGAAUAUAAGCCGAAGGAAACACCGGAACCGAAAACAGCAGAAAAAACUCUAAUUGAAACCUAUGGCGUUGCCGAAACAACGAUGCAAGUUCCUGAUUUUAGUACUGGCGAAAUUGCCAGUGAAACACCGUUAGUUGCCGUCGCAAUUCCAGAUCACAUAGUUUUUAAUCCACUAAUGGAAUCACAACUUGUUGUUCAGGAGGGAGAAGAGCAAUUUGUCCCAGCAUUAAUACCAGAAAAUAAAACUGUAAAUAUUGAAAUGGAAGAAGGUAAAGCGAUUGUGAGUAUAGCGCAUGUAACAACUGUGGAUAAAGAAUCGCCAUACAUCGUCGAAGAGCAACCGCGUAAACAUGCGGCUUCAUUCGGAAUUGAUGCAACUCACGGUAUAGCCGAAACAAUCGCGAUAGAUAUCGAACAUUCUGUAGAAGAAAUCAUGAUAAAAAAACCAGAUGUUAAAACGGUCUCGUCUACGCAAGAAGUAUGUCAAAGUGUCUUAGUGACCGAAAGCACGAUUCAGGAUCAAGAAAAAUCCUUUGAAGGAAAAUUCAUACCAGACUCACAUAAAGUAGAAUGGUCUGUGGAAGAGGGUAAACACGUGACUUCUAUUACAGAAAUUAAAAUGGCUGACAAAGAAAUUCCCUUCGAAACCAUACAAGAAGAUAGAUCUCAUUCAGCGUUGCCGAUUAUUAUUCCUGGCUAUGAAGUCGCUGAGAGAUCUGAAAUAAUUCUUAAUUCGAGUAUAGGUGAAAUGAGCGAGAGUGCAGCACCGACGAAAGCAAUUGCACAAAUUGGACAGAAACCUUUUGAGACGGUGCAACUGAUUGAACAAGUUCCUGUGGAGAAAGAAAUAGACAAAAUUCAGGAAACACCAUUGACAAAAACGAGCGCGCAUGUCGUUUUAGAUGAAAAUAGAUUUGUCGCUAUCACGGAAUCUACUACUACUCAAGAUGUCGAAACAGAAUUUACCACGAAAAAAUUACGUCAAGAGGCAGCUAAUCUUUUGAUGGAAGGCAAAGAAGUAGCAGAACUAAUGGAAGUUAAUUUACGCGAAGGACUUGGAGAAUUACCUGCAGCAUUAAAACCAAUUACAUAUGAGGCACGUCAGACACAAUCUAUCUUAGAAAGUAUUGAUAUUAGCGAAACGGUUUCUCAGGAACAAAGUACGAUAUUUAUCGACAAAUUCAAACCUGAUAAACGUAGUGCCGAUAUUAGUUUUGUAGAAGGAAAAAGUAUCAAUGUGGCUCAUGUCGUAACACAGGACAAAGAAGGUACGAUACAAAUUCCGAAAUAUGAAGAGAGUACAGCUGAUAUAAAAUUAACAAAGCUUGGCAUGGAUAUUGCACAAAAAGCUCAAAUUUUUAUUGAGCAAAAUACCGGUUUGGUUAAACCUUUCGAGAAGAUUGUAGCGGAAGCUCAUUCACAGCAAGAUGUCUUGCAACCUAUCGUCAUUGAAGAAAUUCCCAGCGUAGAAAGUGAAGGAGUCUUUGAUAAAUAUCCGAAAACAAUAUCCACUACAGCUGUGCCAACAUUCGAAGAGGAUCAUAGCGUAUUUAUCACGGAAAUAACAUCUGGCGAAGUUGAAGAGUCACUGGAGGAGAAGAGACACGAAGUGUCUCAAACAGCUGUCCGCACUAUCGUUACUGAACGCGAUACUAUAGAAACUGUAAUGGUAGAAUCACGAGUUGAUGUACCUGAACAAAUUCCAGAUCGUACUUUAAUACCUCAAGUGGCUGCGCCAAUCAGAGAUAUGUUUGAAAGUGUCAUUGUUAACGAAAAUCUCGUCGAAGAAAGUGAGAAGAUCUUCGAAGGUCUUUUUAAACCUGAAAUGCAAAAAGCAAGCAUUGAUAUAUCAGAAGUAAAAUCGUUGCAAAUUUCAGAAACAAUUACUGAAGACAAAGAAGAAACGUUAGAUGUCAUUUCAAAACUAAAUGAAGUCAAAGCUACGCCUGACAUUGAUCUAUUCCAAACUGUCGAAGGUACUUUCGUAGAGAGUAUACAAAGUACUCAAGAACUUCGCGAGAAAAAACCAUUUCCCUCUCAAGCUACCUUGAUUCAAACAACGAUGGAAACGAUAGUGAGAUCCGAAACAACACCAGUCGAAAAAGAGGAAACAUUUGAUGGCAAACUUAAACCUGAAGAACAAAAAGGGAAGCCGCAAUUCGAUGGUCUUACUACAGUUGUAAUUACCGAGAUAGCUUCUAAUGAAAUAGAGGACACUUUGCCUAAAACCGUUGCACCAAAAUUACAACAGGCACAACCAAACUUAACUGGUAGAGAAGCUGCAGAAACUCUUCAAAUAGUUACAGCGAAUACGACCGAAGAUCUUGUAAAAACUGCUAAAUUAAACGAAGAAAAAGGUAAACCAGAACUUGAAGAAUUAGUAUCUGUGAAUGUCUCUGAAAUCAUUUCCAAUGAAGUUGAAGACGUUCUAAUUAGCAAAACUACUCCAAAAGAUCACAAGGCUGAUUUCAGUAUUUCUGGCAGAGAAAUCGCCGAAAUAAUUCAAGUAACAGCAUUGUCCGAGACUGAUGAGCUCGCUAUAAAAUCACCAGAAAAACAGAAAGGUAAACAACAAGUAGAUGAAUUAACUUCGUUGACUAUUUCACAAGUAAUUUCUAAUGAAAUUGAAGAAAAGUUAAUUAGUGCCGAGCUUCCUAUAGAGAAAACAGCUCAUCCAAAUGUGAUUGGUAGAGAUAUCGCAGAAACUACAUUAGUCAUGACAAUGGCCAGCACCGAAGAAUUUGUUUCUAAAAAAGAAACUGAAGAACAGCGAGGUAAGCCUAGUAUUGAAGAACUUACGUCCUUAACAAUUUCGCAAAUAGAAUCACAGGAAAGUGAAAAUGUCCUCACUAGUCCUACAGUACCAACCGAAAAAACGGCGCAAACAAGUAUGCAUGGUCGAGAUGUAGCUGAGACUACGGAAAUAACAACUAUGUCAAAUGUAGAUGAAUUUGUUGAAAUUCCGAAACCUGAGAAACAAAAGGGAAAACCGAAUCUCGAGGAGUUAUUAUCCUUGAAUAUAAUCCAAACUGUUUCUAAUGAAACGGAAGCUUUGUUGCCUAGCCCGGAGGUACCUAUAGAAAAGAUUGCGCAAGCCAAUUUACUUGGUAGAGAUGCAGCUGAAACAAGUCAAAUUUUAACGCUGAUGAAUACAGAAGAACUUUUAAAACAAGUAACACCUGAUGAACGUAAGGGGGAGUUCAAAGUGGAAGAAUUAUCCUCAUUAACUGUCUCUCAGGUACUAUCUCAUGAAACUGAAAGAAUUUUUGAAAGUUCUGCCACACCCACUGUACUUACAGCAAUGCCUAUGAUGUCCGGUAGAGAAAUUGCCGAAACUUCUCAAGUGCUCACUGUUACAAAUGUUGAAGAAUUUUCGAAACCCAAAAGUCCAGAAGAACAAAAAGGUAAACCACACUUGGAUGAAUUUCCAUCACUAAUGGUUUCUGAAGUAAUAUCUACCGAGACAGAGAUGCAAUUGCCGAGCCCGGAAAAGUUAGAUGAGAAAAAAGCCGCACCGUGUCUUUCAGGAAGGGAGAUAGCUCAGAAAAUCGAAAUUAUAACUGCCGCAAACGUCGAACAAAUACCAGAAGUAAAAAAGGAAGACGGUCAAAAAGGGAAACCAAAUAUCGAAGAGAUGAGUUUCAUUACUGUAUCCGAAGUAAUUUCUACGGAAGCAGAACAAGAAUUGCCAAGCCAAGAAACUCCAAAAGAACGUAUAGCUCUGCCAAAAGUAUCUAGUAUAGAAGUCGCAGAAACAUCAGAAAUUUUAACAAUGAGUAAUGUCGAGGAAUUUGCAAAACCAGAAAUUCCUGAGGAACAUAAGGGUAGACCGAAUUUAGAAGAAUUAAUGUCAUUAUCAAUCUCCGAAGUAGCUUACAGUGAAACGGAAAAAAGACUAUUAACUCCGGAAAAACCAAUCAAACAAAUAGCUGAACAGAGCAUGUUAAGUAUGCAUGUUGCCGAAAAGUCUCAAGUGAUUGCAUCAUCAAUAACGGAAGAGAUAAAAGAAUCUGCCAAACCAGAAAUAAAGAAAAUAACACCAGAACAAAUACCAUUUGAGAGUAUACAACAAAUAGAGUCGAUUCCUCAUGACAGUGAACGCUUACUUAUUCUCGAUAAAGAAGCACCAAGUAUAACGGCUGACGUUUCAUUUCGUGUUUCCGAGGGUAUUGAAGUUAUACAAGUAACCGCGACUGAGAAGGAAACAAAAGAUGUUGUGAAAAAUUUGGAGUUAACUAAACAAGUAGCUGAACCAAGUAUGCUGGGUAUGCGCGUUGCCGAAAAGUCCCAAGUGGUUACAUCGUCAAUAACGGAGGAAAUAAUAGAAACUAUUAAACCUGAAAUGAAGAAAAUAACACCGGAACAGAUUCCAUUUGAGAGUAUACAACAAAUAGAAUCAAUUCCUCAUGAAAGCGAACGGUCGCUUGUUCUUGACGAAGUCGCACCAAGUACAACUGCUGAAAUUUCAUUCCGCGUUUCCGAAGGUGUCGAAGUUAUACAAGUAACCGCAACGGAAAAGGAAACAAAGGAUGUCGUAAAAGGUACAGCAGAAUUAACUGAACAAUUAGCCGAACCGAGUAUGUUAGGUAUGCAUGUUGCCGAAAAGUCUCAAGUGAUUGCGUCGUCAAUAACGGAAGAGAUAAAAGAAUCUGCCAAACCGGAAGUAAAGAAAAUAACACCAGAACAAAUACCAUUUGAGAGUAUACAACAAAUGGAGUCGAUUCCUCAUGACAGUGAACGAUUGCUUAUUCUCGAGAAGGAAGCACCAAGUACAACAGCCGAAAUUUCAUUCCGUGUUUCCGAAGGUGUCGAAGUUAUACAAGUAACCGCAACGGAAAAGGAAACAAAGGAUGUCGUAAAAGGUACAGCAGAAUUAACUGAACAAUUAGCCGAACCGAGUAUGUUAGGUAUGCAUGUUGCCGAAAAGUCUCAAGUGAUUGCGUCGUCAAUAACGGAAGAGAUAAAAGAAUCUGCCAAACCGGAAGUAAAGAAAAUAACACCAGAACAAAUACCAUUUGAGAGUAUACAACAAAUGGAGUCGAUUCCUCAUGACAGUGAACGAUUGCUUAUUCUCGAGAAGGAAGCACCAAGUACAACAGCCGAAAUUUCAUUCCGUGUUUCCGAAGGUGUCGAAGUUAUACAAGUAACCGCAACGGAAAAGGAAACAAAGGAUGUCGUAAAAGGUACAGCAGAAUUAACUGAACAAUUAGCCGAACCGAGUAUGUUAGGUAUGCAUGUUGCCGAAAAGUCUCAAGUGAUUGCGUCGUCAAUAACGGAAGAGAUAAAAGAAUCUGCCAAACCGGAAGUAAAGAAAAUAACACCAGAACAAAUACCAUUUGAGAGUAUACAACAAAUGGAGUCGAUUCCUCAUGACAGUGAACGGUUGCUUAUUCUCGACAAGGAAGCACCAAGUACAACAGCCGAAAUUUCAUUCCGUGUUUCCGAAGGUGUCGAAGUUAUACAAGUAACCGCAACAGAAAAAGAAACAAAGGAUGUCGUAAAAGGUACAGCAGAAUUAACUGAACAAUUAGCCGAACCGAGUAUGUUAGGUAUGCAUGUUGCCGAAAAGUCUCAAGUGAUUGCGUCAUCAAUAACGGAAGAGAUAAAAGAAUCUGCCAAACCGGAAGUAAAGAAAAUAACACCAGAACAAAUACCAUUUGAGAGUAUACAACAAAUGGAGUCGAUUCCUCAUGACAGUGAACGAUUGCUUAUUCUCGACAAAGAAACACCAAGUAUAGCGGCUGACGUUUCAUUCCGUGUUUCCGAAGGUGUCGAAGUUAUACAAGUAACCGCAACAGAAAAAGAAACAAAGGAUGUCGUAAAAGGUACAGCAGAAUUAACUGAACAAUUAGCCGAAUCGAGUAUGUUUGGUAUGCGUGUUGCCGAAAAGUCUCAAGUAAUUACAUCAUCAACAACGGAGGAAAUAACAGAAUUUACUAAACCUGAGAUGAAGAAAAUAAUACCACAACAAAUACCAUUCGAGAGUAUACAACAAAUAGAGUCGAUACCUCAUGAAAGCGAACGCUCGCUUGUUCUCGACAAAGAAGCACCAAGUACGAUAGCUGAAAUUUCAUUCCGCGUUUCCGAAGCUGUUGAAGUUACUCAAAUAACUGCAACUGAAAAGGAAACAAAAGAUGUGAAAGAUUUGACGGAAUUAACAAAACAAAUAGCCGAGCAAAGUAUGUUAGGUAUACGCGUUGCUGAAAAAUCUCAAGUAAUUACAUCAUCAACAACGGAAGAGAUGAAAGAAUCUACUAAACCAGAAAUAAAGAAAAUAACACCAGAACAAAUUCCGUUUGAGAGUAUACAACAAACAGAGUCAAUUCCUCAUGAAAGUGAACAAUCGCUUGUUCUCGACAAAGAUGCACCAAGUACAACAGCCGAAAUUUCAUUCCGCAUUUCCGAAGGUGUCGAAGUUAUUCAAGUAACCGCUACAGAAACAGAAUCAAAAGAAAUUGUAAAAGGUAUGGCUAAAGAAGCAAGUGCGCAAGCUGAUAUAAUUGAGCGCAAAGUUGCUUUAAAAACCGAAAUCCUUCCGGAAAACAUAGCAUCUGAAUUCAUUAUCACAAAACCAGAAAGUAAAUUGGCUCACGGAAUAAAAGACGAGAAACAGAGUGUGAUUGUUACUGAAUUACAACAUGCUGCAGAAAUUGAAUCAAAUCUGCCCGAACCCGUAAUACCAUUAGCAAAAUUAGCGAGCACAUCUAUCGAAGCAGACUACUUGGAAAAAAUUGUGGAAAUCACUGCAGCAACAGCCCAACAACAUCAUAUCACUAUUACACCACACAUUACAAAACACGAAACAACACAACCAUCGAUUGAUUCUGACACUGAAAUCACUGAGGAAUAUACCACUAAAUUUAGACGUGGCAGUAAAGACAAUGAAACUGCAGCAGUGAAAACAAAGAAAACGACAAUUCGAAAAAAGAAACCAAGUACCGAAUCCGAAGAAAAAGUUGUUGUAAUAGAAGAAGAACUUGAAAACAUAAAAUCAAAAAUACCAUCGAUACCAAAAAAGCAGUUCAUGCAAAUUGAAGAAGUAACAGAAAUGUAUGGAAUAGAAGAAGUAAGUCCAACAAAAAUUGAAGAAUGGGAAGAAAUACCACAAACUAAAGAAUUAAAAUCAGAACAGUCAGAAAAGAAGCAUGAAACACUAAUAAAAGACCAAGACAAAGACAUGAAACAGAUUCCUGUGACAACAAUUACGAAGGAACCCUUACAGGAAAAUAUUGAAAAAAUUGUGUUACAUCUACCACAACCAGAAUAUAAAAAACCAACUGAGGAAAAAGAGUUGAAAGAACAAGUUACCGAAGAAAUAACCGAAGAAGUAACAGAAGGCAAGAAGCCAAAGAAAAUCACAAAGAAGAAAAUUAUUAAAGGAAAGCAAGUAACGGAAGAAAUAACUGCAGAAGAAUACAGACAGUCCCCUGUAACAACGAUCACAGAAGGUCCUCUAGAAGAAAUUGUAAUUCCUACACUUCAGCUUGAAUUUGCAAAACCUACCAAAGAGGAAGAGAUAAGAGAAGAAGUUACAGUAACUGAGGAAAUAGUAGAAGGCAAGAAACCAAAGAAAAUUACAAAGAAAAAAAUUAUCAAACGUAAAGGUAAGAAACAGCAAGUAACGGAAGAAGUUACUGUCGAAGAGAAAGGGGAGUCUCCUGUUACAACAAUCACAGAGGGUCCUCUGGAGGAAAUUGUUGAAGACACUAUAAUACCUUUACCCCAGGUUGAAUUUGCAAAAUCUAUCGAAGUGGAAGAGGUAAGAGAACAAGUUACAGUAACUGAGGAAGAAGUGGAAGGCAAGAAACCAAAGAAAAUUACAAAGAAGAAAAUUAUCAAACGUAAAGGAAAGAAACAACAAGUAACGGAAGAAGUUACUGUCGAAGAGAAAGGGGAGUCUCCUGUUACAACAAUCACAGAGGGUCCUCUAGAAGAAAUUGUUGAAGACACUAUAAUACCUUUACCCCAGGUUGAAUUUGCAAAACCUGUCGAAGUGGAAGAGGUAAGAGAACAAGUUACAGUAACUGAGGAAGAAGUGGAAGGCAAGAAACCAAAGAAAAUUACGAAGAAGAAAAUUAUCAAACGUAAAGGAAAGAAACAGCAAAUAACGGAAGAAGUUACUGUCGAAGAGAAAGGGGAGUCUCCUGUUAGAACAAUCACAGAGGGUCCUCUAGAGGAAAUUGUUGAAGACACUAUAAUAUCUUUACCCCAGGUUGAAUUUGCAAAACCUGUCGAAAUGGAAGAAGUAAGAGAACAAGUUACAGUAACAGAGGAAGUAGUGGAAGGCAAGAAACCAAAGAAAAUUACGAAGAAAAAAAUUAUCAAACGUAAAGGUAAGAAACAGCAAGUAACAGAAGAAGUUAUUGUCGAAGAGAAAGGAAAAUCUCCUGUAACAACAAUCACAGAGGGUCCUCUAGAAGAAAUUGUUGAAGAAACGAUAAUGCCUUUACCCCAGCUUGAAUUUGCUAAACCUAUCGAAGUGGAAGAAGUAAGUGAACAAGUUACAGUAUCCGAGGAAGUAGUGGAAGGCAAGAAACCGAAGAAAAUUACCAAGAAGAAAAUUAUCAAACGUAAAGGUAAGAAACAGCAAGUAACAGAAGAAGUUACUGUUGAAGAGAAAGGAAAAUCUCCUGUCACAACAAUCACAGAGGGUCCUCUAGAGGAAAUUGUUGAAGACAUUAUAAUAUCUUUACCCCAGGUUAAAUUUGCAAAACCUGUCGAAGUGGAAGAAGUAAGAGAACAAGUUACAGUAACAGAGGAAGUAGUGGAAGGCAAGAAACCAAAGAAAAUUACGAAGAAGAAAAUUAUCAAACGUAAAGGAAAGAAACAGCAAAUAACGGAAGAAGUUACUGUCGAAGAGAAAGGGGAGUCUCCUGUUAGAACAAUCACAGAGGGUCCUCUAGAGGAAAUUGUUGAAGACACUAUAUCUUUACCCCAGGUUGAAUUUGCAAAACCUGUCGAAGUGGAAGAAGUAAGAGAACAAGUUACAGUAACAGAGGAAGUAGUGGAAGGCAAGAAACCAAAGAAAAUUACGAAGAAAAAAAUUAUCAAACGUAAAGGUAAGAAACAGCAAGUAACAGAAGAAGUUAUUGUCGAAGAGAAAGGAAAAUCUCCUGUAACAACAAUCACAGAGGGUCCUCUAGAAGAAAUUGUUGAAGAAACGAUAAUGCCUUUACCCCAGCUUGAAUUUGCUAAACCUAUCGAAGUGGAAGAAGUAAGUGAACAAGUUACAGUAUCCGAGGAAGUAGUGGAAGGCAAGAAACCGAAGAAAAUUACCAAGAAAAAAAUUAUCAAACGUAAAGGUAAGAAACAGCAAGUAACAGAAGAAGUUACUGUUGAAGAGAAAGGAAAAUCUCCUGUCACAACAAUCACAGAGGGUCCUCUAGAGGAAAUUGUUGAAGACACUAUAUUAUCUUUACCCCAGGUUGAAUUUGCAAAACCUGUCGAAGUGGAAGAAGUAAGAGAACAAGUUACUGUAACAGAGGAAGUAGUGGAAGGCAAGAAACCAAAGAAAAUUACGAAGAAAAAAAUUAUCAAACGUAAAGGUAAGAAACAGCAAGUAACAGAAGAAGUUACUGUCGAAGAGAAAGGAAAAUCUCCUGUAACAACAAUCACAGAGGGUCCUCUAGAAGAAAUUGUUGAAGAAACGAUAAUGCCUUUACCCCAGCUUGAAUUUGCUAAACCUAUCGAAGUGGAAGAAGUAAGUGAACAAGUUACAGUAUCCGAGGAAGUAGUGGAAGGCAAGAAACCGAAGAAAAUUACCAAGAAAAAAAUUAUCAAACGUAAAGGUAAGAAACAGCAAGUAACAGAAGAAGUUACUGUUGAAGAGAAAGGAAAAUCUCCUGUCACAACAAUCACAGAGGGUCCUCUAGAGGAAAUUGUUGAAGACACUAUAAUAUCUUUACCCCAGGUUGAAUUUGCAAAACCUGUCGAAGUGGAAGAAGUAAGAGAACAAGUUACAGUAACAGAGGAAGUAGUGGAAGGCAAGAAACCAAAGAAAAUUACGAAGAAAAAAAUUAUCAAACGUAAAGGUAAGAAACAGCAAGUAACAGAAGAAGUUACUGUCGAAGAGAAAGGAAAAUCUCCUGUCACAACAAUCACAGAGGGUCCUCUAGAGGAAAUUUUUGAAGACACUAUAAUAUCUUUACCCCAGGUUGAAUUUGCAAAACCUGUCGAAGUGGAAGAAGUAAGAGAACAAGUUACAGUAACAGAGGAAGUAGUGGAAGGCAAGAAACCAAAGAAAAUUACGAAGAAAAAAAUUAUCAAACGUAAAGGUAAGAAACAGCAAAUAACAGAAGAAGUUACUGUCGAAGAGAAAGGAAAAUCUCCUGUCACAACAAUCACAGAGGGUCCUCUAGAGGAAAUUUUUGAAGACACUAUAAUAUCUUUACCCCAGGUUGAAUUUGCAAAACCUGUCGAAGUGGAAGAAGUAAGAGAACAAGUUACAGUAACAGAGGAAGUAGUGGAAGGCAAGAAACCAAAGAAAAUUACGAAGAAAAAAAUUAUCAAACGUAAAGGUAAGAAACAGCAAGUAACAGAAGAAGUUACUGUCGAAGAGAAAGGAAAAUCUCCUGUCACAACAAUCACAGAGGGUCCUCUAGAGGAAAUUUUUGAAGACACUAUAAUAUCUUUACCCCAAGUUGAAUUUGCAAAACCUGUCGAAGUGGCAGAAGUAAGAGAACAAGUUACAGUAACAGAGGAAGUAGUGGAAGGCAAGAAACCAAAGAAAAUUACGAAGAAAAAAAUUAUCAAACGUAAAGGUAAGAAACAGCAAGUAACAGAAGAAGUUACUGUCGAAGAGAAAGGAAAAUCUCCUGUCACAACAAUCACAGAGGGUCCUCUAGAGGAAAUUUUUGAAGACACUAUAAUAUCUUUACCCCAGGUUGAAUUUGCAAAACCUGUCGAAGUGGAAGAAGUAAGAGAACAAGUUACAGUAACAGAGGAAGUAGUGGAAGGCAAGAAACCAAAGAAAAUUACGAAGAAAAAAAUUAUCAAACGUAACGGUAAGAAACAGCAAGUAACAGAAGAAGUUACUGUCGAAGAGAAAGGAAAAUCUCCUGUAACAACAAUCACAGAGGGUCCUCUAGAAGAAAUUGUUGAAGACACUAUAAUACCUUUACCCCAGGUUGAAUUUGCAAAACCUGUCGAAGUGGAAGAGGUAAGAGAACAAGUUACAGUUACAGAGGAAGAAGUGGAAGGCAAGAAACCAAAGAAAAUUACAAAGAAGAAAAUUAUCAAACGUAAAGGAAAGAAACAACAAGUAACGGAAGAAGUUACUGUCGAAGAGAAAGGGGAGUCUCCUGUUACAACAAUCACAGAGGGUCCUCUGGAGGAAAUUGUUGAAGACACUAUAAUACCUUUACCGCAGGUUGAAUUUGCAAAACCUAUCGAAGUGGAAGAGGUAAGAGAACAAGUUACAGUAACAGAGGAAGUAGUGGAAGGCAAGAAACCAAAGAAAAUUACCAAGAAAAAAAUUAUCAAACGUAAAGGUAAGAAACAGCAAGUAACAGAAGAAGUUACUGUCGAAGAGAAAGGAAAAUCUCCUGUCACAACAAUCACAGAGGGUCCUCUAGAGGAAAUUUUUGAAGACACUAUAAUAUCUUUACCCCAAGUUGAAUUUGCAAAACCUGUCGAAGUGGCAGAAGUAAGAGAACAAGUUACAGUAACAGAGGAAGUAGUGGAAGGCAAGAAACCAAAGAAAAUUACGAAGAAAAAAAUUAUCAAACGUAAAGGUAAGAAACAGCAAGUAACAGAAGAAGUUACUGUCGAAGAGAAAGGAAAAUCUCCUGUAACAACAAUCACAGAGGGUCCUCUAGAAGAAAUUGUUGAAGACACUAUAAUACCUUUACCCCAGGUUGAAUUUGCAAAACCUGUCGAAGUGGAAGAGGUAAGAGAACAAGUUACAGUUACAGAGGAAGAAGUGGAAGGCAAGAAACCAAAGAAAAUUACAAAGAAGAAAAUUAUCAAACGUAAAGGAAAGAAACAACAAGUAACGGAAGAAGUUACUGUCGAAGAAAAAGGGGAGUCUCCUGUUACAACAAUCACAGAGGGUCCUCUGGAGGAAAUUGUUGAAGACACUAUAAUACCUUUACCGCAGGUUGAAUUUGCAAAACCUAUCGAAGUGGAAGAGGUAAGAGAACAAGUUACAGUAACAGAGGAAGUAGUGGAAGGCAAGAAACCAAAGAAAAUUACGAAGAAAAAAAUUAUCAAACGUAAAGGUAAGAAACAGCAAGUAACAGAAGAAGUUACUGUCGAAGAGAAAGGAAAAUCUCCUGUCACAACAAUCACAGAGGGUCCUCUAGAGGAAAUUUUUGAAGACACUAUAAUAUCUUUACCCCAAGUUGAAUUUGCAAAACCUAUCGAAGUGGAAGAGGUAAGAGAACAAGUUACAGUAACAGAGGAAGUAGUGGAAGGCAAGAAACCAAAGAAAAUUACGAAGAAAAAAAUUAUCAAACGUAAAGGUAAGAAACAGCAAGUAACAGAAGAAGUUACUGUCGAAGAGAAAGGAAAAUCUCCUGUCACAACAAUCACAGAGGGUCCUCUAGAGGAAAUUUUUGAAGACACUAUAAUAUCUUUACCCCAAGUUGAAUUUGCAAAACCUAUCGAAGUGGAAGAGGUAAGAGAACAAGUUACAGUAACAGAGGAAGUAGUGGAAGGCAAGAAACCAAAGAAAAUUACGAAGAAAAAAAUUAUCAAACGUAAAGGUAAGAAACAGCAAGUAACAGAAGAAGUUACUGUCGAAGAGAAAGGAAAAUCUCCUGUCACAACAAUCACAGAGGGUCCUCUAGAGGAAAUUUUUGAAGACACUAUAAUAUCUUUACCCCAGGUUGAAUUUGCAAAACCUGUCGAAGUGGAAGAAGUAAGAGAACAAGUUACAGUAACAGAGGAAGUAGUGGAAGGCAAGAAACCGAAGAAAAUUACCAAGAAAAAAAUUAUCAAACGUAAAGGUAAGAAACAGCAAGUAACAGAAGAAGUUACUGUUGAAGAGAAAGGAAAAUCUCCUGUCACAACAAUCACAGAGGGUCCUCUAGAGGAAAUUGUUGAAGACACUAUAUUAUCUUUACCCCAGGUUGAAUUUGCAAAACCUGUCGAAGUGGAAGAAGUAAGAGAACAAGUUACUGUAACAGAGGAAGUAGUGGAAGGCAAGAAACCAAAGAAAAUUACGAAGAAAAAAAUUAUCAAACGUAAAGGUAAGAAACAGCAAGUAACAGAAGAAGUUACUGUCGAAGAGAAAGGAAAAUCUCCUGUAACAACAAUCACAGAGGGUCCUCUAGAAGAAAUUGUUGAAGAAAUGAUAAUGCCUUUACCCCAGGUUGAAUUUGCCAAACCUAUCGAAGUGGAAGAAGUAAGUGAACAAGUUACAGUAACCGAGGAAGUAAUGGAAGGCAAGAAACCGAAGAAAAUUACAAAGAAAAAAAUUAUCAAACGUAAAGGUAAAAAACAGCAAGUAACAGAAGAAGUUACUGUCGAAGAGAAAGGAAAAUCUCCUGUAACAACAAUCACAGAGAGUCCUCUAGAAGAAAUUGUUGAAGACACCAUAAUGCCUUUACCUCAGCUUGAAUUUGCAAAACCCACCGAAGAGGAAGAGAUAAAAGAAGAAGUUACAGUAACUGAGGAAAUAGCAGAAGGCAAGAAACCAAAGAAAAUUACAAAGAAAAAAAUUACCAAACGUAAAGGAAAGAAACAGCAAGUAACGGAAGAAGUUACUAUCGAAGAGAAAGGAAAAUCUCCUGUAACAACAAUCACAGAGGGUCCUCUAGAAGAAAUUGUUGAAGAAACGAUAAUGCCUUUACCCCAGCUUGAAUUUGCUAAACCUAUCGAAGUGGAAGAAGUAAGUGAACAAGUUACAGUAUCCGAGGAAGUAGUGGAAGGCAAGAAACCGAAGAAAAUUACCAAGAAAAAAAUUAUCAAACGUAAAGGUAAGAAACAGCAAGUAACAGAAGAAGUUACUGUUGAAGAGAAAGGAAAAUCUCCUGUCACAACAAUCACAGAGGGUCCUCUAGAGGAAAUUGUUGAAGACACUAUAUUAUCUUUACCCCAGGUUGAAUUUGCAAAACCUGUCGAAGUGGAAGAAGUAAGAGAACAAAUUACUGUAACCGAGGAAGUAGUGGAAGGCAAGAAACCAAAGAAAAUUACGAAGAAAAAAAUUAUCAAACGUAAAGGUAAGAAACAGCAAGUAACAGAAGAAGUUACUGUCGAAGAGAAAGGACAGUCUCCUGUAACAACAAUCACAGAGGGUCCUCUAGAGGAAAUUGUUGAAGACACUAUAAUACCUUUACCCCAGCUUGAAUUUGCCAAACCUAUCGAAGUGGAAGAAGUAAGAGAACAAGUUACUGUAACCGAGGAAGUAGUGGAAGGAAAGAAACCAAAGAAAAUUACAAAGAAAAAAAUUACCAAACGUAAAGGAAAGAAACAGCAAGUAACGGAAGAAGUUACCAUCGAAGAGAAAGGACAGUCUCCUAUAACAACAAUCACAGAGGGUCCUCUAGAAGAAAUUGUUGAAGAAACUCUAACACCUCUACCUCAGCUUGAAUUUGCAAAGCCCACCGAAAAGGAAGAGGUAAGAGAACAAAUUACAAUAACCGAGGAAGUAGUUGAAGGCAAGAAACCAAAGAAAAUUACGAAGAAAAAAAUUAUCAAAUGUAAAGGUAAGAAACAGCAGGUAACAGAAGAAGUUACUGUCGAAGAGAAAGGACAGUCUCCUGUCACAACAAUCACAGAGGGUCCUCUGGAAGAAAUUGUCGAAGACACUAUAAUGCCUUUGCCCCAGCUUGAAUUUGCGAAACCUAUCGAAGUGGAAGAAGUAAGAGAACAAAUUACUGUAACCGAGGAAGUAGCGGAAGGCAAGAAACCGAAGAAAAUUACGAAGAAAAAAAUUAUCAAAUGUAAAGGGAAGAAACAGCAAGUAACGGAAGAAGUUACUGUGGAAGAGAAAGGACAGUCUCCUGUAACAACAAUCACGGAAGGUCCUCUGGAGGAAAUUGUUGAAGACACUAUAAUACCUUUACCCCAGCUUGAAUUUGCCAAACCUAUCGAAGUGGAAGAAGUAAGAGAACAAGUUACUAUAACCGAGGAAGUAGUGGAAGGAAAGAAACCAAAGAAAAUUACAAAGAAAAAAAUUACCAAACGUAAAGGUAUGAAACAGCAAGUAACAGAAGAAGUUACUGUCGAAGAGAAAGGACAGUCUCCUGUAACAACAAUCACGGAGGGUCCUCUGGAAGAAAUUGUCGAUGACACUGUAAUGCCUUUGCUCCAGCUUGAAUUUGCCAAACCUAUCGAAGUGGAAGAAGUAAGAGAACAAAUUACUGUAGCCGAAGAAGUAGUGGAAGGCAAGAAACCAAAGAAAAUUACGAAGAAAAAAAUUAUCAAACGUAAAGGAAAGAAACAGCAAGUAACGGAAGAAGUUACCGUCGAAGAGAAAGGACAGUCUCCUGUAACAACAAUCACAGAGGGUCCUCUGGAAGAAAUUGUCGAAGACACUGUAAUGCCUUUGCCCCAACUUGAAUUUGCGAAACCUAUCGAAGUGGAAGAAGUAAGAGAACAAAUUACUGUAACCGAGGAAGUAGUGGAAGGCAAGAAACCAAAGAAAAUUACGAAGAAAAAAAUUAUCAAACGUAAAGGAAAGAAACAGCAAGUAACGGAAGAAGUUACUGUGGAAGAGAAAGGACAGUCUGCUGUAACAACAAUCACGGAGGGUCCUCUGGAAGAAAUUGUCGAAGACACUGUAAUGCCUUUGCCCCAGCUUGAAUUUGCCAAACCUGUCGAAGUGGAAGAAGUAAGAGAACAAAUUACUGUAACCGAGGAAGUAGUGGAAGGCAAGAAACCAAAGAAAAUUACGAAGAAAAAAAUUAUCAAACGUAAAGGAAAGAAACAGCAAGUAACGGAAGAAGUUACCGUCGAAGAGAAAGGACAGUCUCCUGUAACAACAAUCACAGAGGGUCCUCUGGAAGAAAUUGUCGAAGACACUGUAAUGCCUUUGCCCCAACUUGAAUUUGCGAAACCUAUCGAAGUGGAAGAAGUAAGAGAACAAAUUACUGUAACCGAAGAAGUAGUGGAAGGCAAGAAACCAAAGAAAAUUACGAAGAAAAAAAUUAUCAAACGUAAAGGAAAGAAACAGCAAGUAACGGAAGAAGUUACUGUGGAAGAGAAAGGACAGUCUCCUGUAACAACAAUCACGGAGGGUCCUCUGGAAGAAAUUGUCGAAGACACUGUAAUGCCUUUGCCCCAGCUUGAAUUUGCCAAACCUAUCGAAGUGGAAGAAGUAAGAGAACAAAUUACUGUAACCGAGGAAGUAGUGCAAGGCAAGAAACCGAAGAAAAUUACGAAGAAAAAAAUUAUCAAACGUAAAGGAAAGAAACAGCAAGUAACGGAAGAAGUUACUGUCGAAGAGAAAGGACAGUCUCCUAUAACAACAAUCACUGAGGGUCCUCUAGAGGAAAUUGUUGAAGAAACAGUAAUGCCUCUACCCCGGCUUGGAUUUGCAAAACCUAUUCAGGAGGAGGAAUUAAAGGAACAAGUUACAUUAACCGAAGAAGUUCUGGAAGACAGGAAACCAAAGAAAAAAAUAGUCAAACAUAAAGAUCAGAAAGAACACGUAAUGGAUGACAAUAUAGAUAAAAAAGGACUUUCUCUUGAGACAACAUUUACAGAGGAUUCUCUAAAGAAACAUGAAGCGGUAGGAACUACAAUCAAUCUUCACGCAGACACUACACCGGAAAUACACGAUAAACUCAAACAUAAAAGUUUGAUUAAACAUUUAGAUACUGAAAUAAUGGUAGAAGAUAUUUUGAAAAAACCGAUGUAUCAGCAACUAGAAGAAAAAUAUGAAAUUCCGGAUGAAAGUGUAGAAGAAAUAGUGACAAAAACAGAAGAGACACAAAAGGCUCUACUUCUGUUAGAAGAAGAGGAAUCGGUAAAAGUUACAGAAACAGACAUCAGAGAAGUACCAGAAGAGAAAGAGGAAAUAUUUAUUACCGAAAUAGAGAAAACCGUCGAGACACCAACACAUAAAAUCACUAAAAUAAAGAAACAGCCAAAGAAAAAAGAUGAACGCGUUGACAUAAUUGAGAAAGUGACUGUAAAGUCGAAGGAUAAAACUAUGGAUGUAACUGAAAUGGAUGUAACUGAUGUCGAUAAAAAACCAAUUAAAAAAAUAAUUAAGAAGAAGCACUUGACUCAAGCUGGAGAUAUUCUUGAAGAAACUGUAGAGGAUAUUAUAACUGACAAGCCAAAGAAAGAAAAAGCAAAAUCUAUUAUAGAAGAAAGACAGGAAGCUAUUAUCACAGAGGUAAAAGAACAUAAAGCAGCUAUUAAGAUGCCAAAGGAAAAAAUGGAUAUUAAUGAAGAAAUAAUAGAAACUGUUGAAACACCUACGAAAAAAAUUGUCAAGAAGAAAAAGCUGACAACAAAAGAUGACAGUGAACAAAUUAUUGAAGAAAUUGUGCAGAAACCAUCUGAGAAAGCUGAAAUAAUAGAGAAAGACAAAAUAGUUGAAAUAGUUAAAAUGCCAAUAGAAAAAAUCGUUAAAAAGAAAAAGGCUAAAGCUUUUGAUGAUAAUGUUCCAGAAGAAAUUGUUGAAGAAAUUCUUAUAGAAAAACCGAAGGAAGAACAAGCUCGAACUGCAUUCUCUCCAAGAGAGAGUAUUGAAGUGACGCAGAUCUUAACCGAAUCAUCCAUUUCCAAAAUCACAGAAGAUAAAGUUAAACUAAAAGAAGCUGUAAUAUGCAAAAAUGAAGAUGAAAAAGAUGUUUUGAAGAAAGUUUCUAAAGAAGAAACGAGUACGAUUCCUAUUCAAGAAGAAGUAACUGUCGAGAUUACUAAAGAUAUAACAAGUGAAAAACCAAAGGAAGAACAACUACAGUCAAUUAUUAUAACAGAAGAAGGACUCAGAGUGACUGAAACAAUUUCAAGCUCAACCACUGAGGAACUUCUCGAAAAACUAAAACCAAUUGAAGAAACAGCAAUGCCAAUUAAGGAUGCAAAGUCACAAAUCAAAAUAAAAGAAGUUACAGUAAAGAAAGCUCCUAAAAAGAUUAAGCCAAUAAAUGAAGAACAAAUCAAAGAAGAAAUUGUGGAAGAAAUUAUUUCAGAAAAACCAAUACAGGAAGAAGCAGAAAAGAUAAUAAUUACGAAUGAAGAGAUAGAGACCAUCGAAAUUAUUCCUGAAAUUGCAUCUAGCAAACUUGAUAAAGAUAAAAGACCGCAAGAAGAACAAGCCAUAUCUAUAGAAGAGACAAAAGAAGAUAUAAAAGUAAUAGAAGUACCCAUAAAAAGAGCACCUCUUAUUAAGAAAAAAGCCAAGGAAGUGAAAGAAAAGCGCCCGGAUGAAACAACGGAAGAAAUAAAAUUAAAAGAACUUAAGAAGGAAGAAGCUAAAGAAAAUAUAGAUUUACAAGAGAGUGUCGACAUUUCGGAAGUGACGAUAGAAAUGAUACCUGAAGAACUUGCCACGGAACAAACAUUCACUGAAAAGAAAGCAAAACCAAGUAUUAUACCUAUCGAAAAUAUCGAAAUUGCUGAAGUUAAAGUUUCUAUGCCAAAUGGUGAAGCAAUUAAGAAGAAAAAGUCAAAGGUUACUAUAGUUGAAGACAAGAAAGAGGAGAAACUCGUGGAAGAAAUAAUACCAAUGAAACCUAAGGAGGAAGAAACAAAAGUAGAUAAAGUAGAUAUUACAGAAGUAGCAGAAAUAAUUCCAGAACUUAAAAUUAAAGAUAUUCCUAAGGACAAACAACCUGAAGACAAAUUAGAAGUAGAAAUAACGCAACCCAUAGAAAUAAAGGAAGUCAAGAAAUUGAAAGAAGAAAUUGCAGAGGAAAAAUCUAUUGAACCUGAAAUAAUCGAGAAAGUGAAAGAAAAAAAGGUUAUCAAGAAAAAGAAAAAGAAGCCUACAAAAAAAGAUGAUAUAGAUGAUUGGGUAGAACCCGAAUAUGAAAGGCCUGUAUUAGAACCAAUGCCUGAAAAAAUUCAGUGGGAACCGACAAAAAAGAAAAAAGAAAAGGAAACAUUACCUGAAUCUAUGCAAAAACUGAUUCCGCAAAAAAUUGAGAGAAAAGAAAUGAAACCUACAAAAUUAAAAUAUAGUGAACCACAAGAAACAGUUCAAUUUGGUACAAUUAAAUUGAAAAAAGUAACAGUUGUUAAGAAAAAAGAAAUUAGCGAACCAAUAUUUCCUAAAAUUAUGUUACGUAGCAGAAUCACAUUUGUUGGUGAUUAUCCAUCAGAAAUACAAAUACCAAAAAUUACAUAUAUAGAAAAGAAUCCAGUACAAACUGGCAUUCUAUCUCGAAAUGCAGAAGAAGCUUUACAAGUUUUAAAGAAAAAAUAUAAAAAACCGAAAAUGUCAGAAAAAGAAUUAAUUGAAUUAGAAAAAUUAGAUAAAGAAUUUGAAGAAUUGAAGAAAGUGCCAUUAGAGAAAAUAGAUGAUAGAUCUAUUUACGAAAGAACACCUAAACAACCGGAAAAAGUACCAGAAGAACCGCAAAAAAUCAUUAUUGGAAAAGGUGAAAUAAAAGAAGAUUCUAAAAUUGUUCCGGAAGAAAUUAAGCUCAAGAAAAUACCAGAAAAGAAACCGGAAGAACUAAUAGAAAUUAAAGAGAAACCUAAAAAGAAAAAAUCUGUAGAAGAUGUGCCGCAGAAAAUAGAAGAAAAAUCUAAAGAAACAUUCGCUCAUGAUGAAUUCAAACCAUUAGAAUUUGAUAGACCAGAAAUUGAAAAAUAUAUACCAGAAGAUGUCGAAAUAACUAAAAAACCAGAACCUGAACCUAUUUCAAAACCAUAUGAAAGAUCUAAGAAAAAAGAACCAGAACAAGAUAUUGAACAAAUUCCAAUAAUAAAAGGAAUACCAAAACCUCCAGAGCCCGAAGAAGAACCCAAAGUCAAAUUCCGCAUACCAACUUCAGAAAAACCAGAAGAUGAACCUGAAACGAUAACCCUAAAAGGUUGGAAAAAAGAUAAGCCCAAAGAAGAAGAUACAAAAGAAUAUCCAACUAAAGAAAAAGAUGCUAUUCCAACAAUACCUAAAGAAGAUACUGAAGUUACAUUGAAAAAGAAACCAAAGAAAAAGAUAGUUAAAGAAGAAAGUGCUACACAAAUUAUUAUAAAGAAACCUAUUUCAAAAGAGGAAGAACAACUACCAGAAGAAGUUUCUGAAAAAGUUGCAAUAAAAAAACCUGAAAAGGAACCUAUAAAAGAGGAAACUGCGGAUGAAAUAACAAUUAAAAAACCAGUUGUUGAAGAAAAAAAAGAAGAGGUAAAAGAAAUUACAGAAGAAAUUACAUUAAAAAAGAAACUAAAGAAAAAACCUGUUACAGAGGAAACUAUUACCGAAAUAAUUGUAAAGAAAUCCGUUCCAAAGGAAGAAGAACAAGUACCAGAAGAAGUCUCUGAGAAAGUGGCAAUAAAGAAACCUAAAAAAGAACCUAUUAAAGAGGAAACUGCGGAUGAAGUGACGAUUAAAAAACCAAUCGUUGAAGAAGGAAAGGAAGAGGUAGAAGAAAUCACAGAAGAAGUCACAUUAAAAAAGAAGCCAAAGAAAAAGCCCAUCGUUGAGGAAUCUGCUGCCGAAAUAACUGUAAAGAAACCUGUUCCGAAGGAAGAAGAACAAGUACCAGAAGAAGUCUCUGAGAAAGUGGAAAUAAAGAAACCUAAAAAAGAACCUAUGAAAGAGGAAACUGCGGAUGAAGUAACGAUUAAAAAACCAAUCGUUGAAGAAGGAAAGGAAGAGGUAAAAGAAAUCACAGAAGAAGUCACAUUAAAAAAGAAGCCAAAGAAAAAGCCCAUCGUUGAGGAAUCUGCUGCCGAAAUAACUGUAAAGAAACCUGUUCCGAAAGAAGAAGAACAAGUACCAGAAGAAGUCUCUGAGAAAAUGGAAAUAAAGAAACCUAAAAAAGAACCUAUUAAAGAGGAAACUGCGGAUGAAGUGACGAUUAAAAAACCAAUCGUUGAAGAAGGAAAGGAAGAGGUAAAAGAAAUUACAGAAGAAGUUACAUUUAAAAAGAAGCCAAAGAAAAAGCCCAUCGUUGAGGAAUCUGCUGCCGAAAUAACUGUAAAGAAACCUGUUCCGAAGGAAGAAGAACAAGUACCAGAAGAAGUCUCUGAGAAAGUGGCAAUAAAGAAAUCUAAAAAAGAACCAAUUAAAGAGGAAACUGCGGAUGAAGUGACGAUUAAAAAACCAAUCGUUGAAGAAAGAAAAGAAGAGGUAGAAGAAAUCACAGAAGAAGUCACAUUAAAAAAGAAGCCAAAGAAAAAGCCCAUCGUCGAGGAAUCUGCUGCCGAAAUAACUGUAAAGAAACCUGUUCCGAAGGAAGAAGAACAAGUACCAGAAGAAGUCUCUGAGAAAGUGGCAAUAAAGAAACCUAAAAAAGAACCUAUCAAAGAGGAAACUGCGGAUGAAGUGACGAUUAAAAAACCAAUCGUUGAAGAAAGAAAAGAAGAGGUAAAAGAAAUCACAGAAGAAGUCACAUUAAAAAAGAAGCCAAAGAAAAAGCCCAUCGUCGAGGAAUCUGCUGCCGAAAUAACUGUAAAGAAACCUGUUCCGAAGGAAGAAGAACAAGUACCAGAAGAAGUCUCUGAGAAAGUGGAAAUAAAGAAACCUAAAAAAGAACCUAUUAAAGAGGAAACUGCGGAUGAAGUGACGAUUAAAAAACCAAUCGUUGAAGAAAGAAAGGAAGAGGUAGAAGAAAUCACAGAAGAAGUCACAUUAAAAAAGAAGCCAAAGAAAAAGCCCAUCGUUGAGGAAUCUGCUGCCGAAAUAACUGUAAAGAAACCUGUUCCAAAGGAAGAAGAACAAGUACCAGAAGAAGUCUCUGAGAAAGUGGCAAUAAAGAAACCUAAAAAAGAACCCAUCAAAGAGGAAACUGCGGAUGAAGUAACGAUUAAAAAACCAAUCGUUGAAGAAGGAAAGGAAGAGGUAGAAGAAAUCACAGAAGAAGUCACAUUAAAAAAGAAGCCAAAGAAAAAGCCCAUCGUUGAGGAAUCUGCUGCCGAAAUAACUGUAAAGAAACCUGUUCCGAAGGUAGAAGAACAAGUACCAGAAGAAGUUUCUGAGAAAGUAGCAAUAAAGAAACCUAAAAAGAAACCUAUCAAGGAAGAAGCCGCGGACGAAGUUACAAUUAAAAAAUCUGUUAUAGAAGAGAAACAUGAAGACAUCAUUGAAGAAGUUACUUUUAAACCAAAGCCAAGAAAAAAGAUUACCGAAACAGAAGAAAUAUCAGAAGUAACUAUUGCCAAGCCUGUAGAGGAAAAACAAAAACAAAAAGAAAUUACGGAUACAUCUACGGAUAUAUUGUUAAAGAAAAAGAAACCGGUGCCAACAGAUGAAGAAAUAAUUGUAGAGCAAUUAACUAUACAAAAGUUCGAGGAGACAGAAGAACCUAAGGAAGUAAUUGAAGAAUUCACAUUGAAACGUAAACCUCCGAAGAAAGCACCGAAACCAAUUGAAGAAAUUUAUGAAGAUGUUACUUUACGUAAAUUGCGACCAAAGAAAAAACCUAGAACGGAUAUCAAGGAAGUUACCGAAGUUGAAAAUGUGACAUUUAGACCACGCUCUACAAAAACAAAAGAAGAUGUUGAACAAGAAUUUAAAAUAUCAUUAAAUACAUAUGAAGAAGAAGAUAUUUCUAUGUCCGGUAAAGUCCGUCUAAAGCCAAAGAGACGUCCGCUUACAUUUUCCGAGGAAACUGGAGAAGAAACAAUCAAAAUUAUUCAAGAAAUUGAAGAUGGUUCUGGACCUGUUAUCGAAGAAAUCAUUGAUGAAUCAGAAGAGGAAGGUAAAGAAGGAUAUAGCGUCGAAGAACUUGACAUUGACGAAAUGAAUAUACCUUUGAGGCGAAAGAAAAAGAAACAAAAAACUCCGUAUACUGUAGAAGAAAUUGAAGAAAAUGAUGUUAAAGUACAGUUAAAACGUGAUAGGAAAUAUUCAUAUGAGGAAACCGACGUUGAAUCUUUGGCGCUGAAAUUGAAAAGCAAGAGACGUAUUUCUACGUAUGAAGAAGAAGAAGCUUCUCUCAGUAUUACUAAAGAGGAAGAAAUCGAAGAAGUCGACGAAGUAGAAUAUGUUGUUCGUGAUGGUGAUACAAUGUUCUCAAUUUGUUCUUAUGUGGCUGAAACAGAAGAAGCUAUAAACUUGGUCGAAGGAGAAAAAGUUUAUAUUAUCGAUCAUACUAAUCAAGAUUGGUGGUUUGUAAAGAAACAUUUGACCGAAGAGAAGGGUUGGGUACCGGCACAAUAUUUAUUAAAUGAAGUGCAUUAUACUAUUUAUUUGCAACGAAAAUUGCAUGAAAAGAUUGAUAGAUUGCCAAUCUUUGAAAAGCCAGCUCCAGGAGAAAAAGCCUCAGCACCAAAGUUUAUCGAAAAAUUGCAACCAAUCCACACGCUAGAUGGUUAUACUGUUCAAUUCGAGUGCCAAGUAGAAGGCAUACCAAGACCACAAAUAACUUGGUUCCGUCAGACGGCUAUUAUCAAGCCUUCUAUUGAUUUUCAAAUGUAUUACGAUGAAGAUAACGUUGCCACUUUAAUAAUCAGAGAAGUAUUUCCCGAAGAUGCUGGUACUUUUACAUGCGUCGCGAAAAAUGCUGCAGGAUUUGCAUCUAGCACUACUGAACUUAUCGUCGAGGCUCCCUUAUCAGAUCACGGAUCCGAUGUUACUGGUUUGUCGAGGAAAAGUCUUUCGAGAGAAUCAUCUCUUGCGGAUAUAUUAGAGGGUAUUCCACCAACAUUCUCUCGAAAACCAAAAGCGAAAUAUGUGAAUGAAGGUGAUGAUGUGAUAUUGGAAUGCCGAUUGGUCGCUGUACCGGAACCAGAAAUAAUGUGGUAUUAUAAAGAUUCUCAAGUGGUUAGCCAGCAAAAUAUCGUAGUCGCAACCGAAAGCGAUAUGCACAUGUACUGUAGUGUCGUAAAAAUUACCAAAAUUCAAAAGAAGCAAGAAGGAAGAUAUAAGAUUGUCGCUAAGAAUAGAGAAGGCGAAGCCACUAUCGAUAUUCCCGUAAAAGUAAAAACUGGAAAGAGCGAACCGCCCGAAAUUUUGGAACCGUUGCAAUCCCAUGUUGUCAAAGAAGGCGAGACUGUUGUUUUAUCAACUCAAAUAGUCGGUAAUCCAUCACCAAAAAUAACAUGGUAUAAAGACGGGAAACCAAUAAAGGACAUGCCAUCAAGACAGGAUGGACAUGUCAAUACGUUGAAUUUAAUUCAGCCUCAGCUAGUAGAUAGUGGAGAAUACUCGGUCAUAGCUAUCAAUGAUGUGGGCAAAGCUGAGACUCGAGCUAUAUUGACUGUUGAAAAAGUACCGAGUGGUGCACCAGAACCUCCUUUGUUCACUGAACGUUUCCAAGAAGUAGUUGUUCCUGAAAAGGGUACCUUUAAAUUAACCGCCAAAGUAAUUGGAAAUCCUGUCCCAGAAGUUACUUGGCUCAGAAAUAAUAAGCCGCUUGACAAAUCUCCUAAUAUCAUAGAAAGUUACGACGGUGAAAACAUUCUACUCGAAAUUAAAAACGCAGACUCUGAAAUUGAUGCUGGAGAUUAUAAAUGUGUCGCCAGUAAUCCGGUUGGGAAAACUUCACAUGGCGCAAAAGUCACGGUAGACGUUGCUAAAGUCUCUUUCACAAAAAAAUUGCAAAACGAAGUCACAGUCAACGAAUACAAAACUCUGGAACUGAGUUGCGAGACAUCGCAUACCGUCUCUACAGUGUGGUGGCAUAAUGACAAGGAGAUUAGCGGAAUGGAUCAUCGCGAAAUAAUUCAAGAAGGACGCGUACAUAAAUUGCUUAUUAAGAAGAGUGGCUUUUCCGACGCAGGUACGUACAAGUGUACGGUCAAGGACCAGGUGACGUCCAGCAAUGUUAUCAUUCGAGCUACCAAACCGGAAUUCGUCAAAAAACUGCAAGAUUUCGAAGUAAAAGAACGCGGUGUGGCGAUUUUGGAGGUCGAGAUCACGUCUCAAGUGGCGGAUGUUACAUGGCGAAAAGACGGCGAAUUAUUAACACCAAGCAAAGGCAAAUUAGAAUUCGUGAAAGAUGGUACCGUGAGAAAGCUUCUUAUCAGGAACGCAUCCGUUCAUGACGAAGGGGAAUACACGUGCGCCCUUCCGGAUGAAGAAUGUACGGCAGAAGUUACGGUCAUUGAAUUGCCACCGGAGAUUAUUACGAAAAUGCAGGAUAUAACUAUAGCCAGAGGAGAGAAAGCGACCUUUGAUAUAGAAUUAACGAAAGGUGACGCCUUAAUACGCUGGUUCAAAGAUGGCCAGGAGUUGCAAUUCUCCGAGCACGUACGAUUGUCGAUCGAUGGCAAGAGGCAAAAACUGAAAAUUUACGACACGGAAAUGGAAGAUGCGGGAAUCUAUUCUUGUCAAGUUGGCGAUCAAACUUCGUCAGCUAGAUUAACGGUUGAAGAGCCUGAAGUAGAUUUUAUUAAAAAAUUGCCAGAUGUUACUCUAGUGCCUCUCAACACCGAUGCAACAUUCCUCAUUGAAUUGUCACGAGCCGAUAUACCAGUAACGUGGUUAAAGAAAGGCGAAAUAAUCGAUUGCACACAAUCUUCGAAAUAUCUCAUUAUCGAUGAAGGAAGUGUUAAGAAACUCAUUAUUAAAAAAUGCACUACCGAAGAUAUCGCUGAAUAUACUGCCAUCGUGGCAAACGUAAAAACGUCAUCCAGAUUAAAAGUUGAAGUUAUCGAAACACCGCCUAAAAUCAAUCCCGACACGCCUAGAAAAUAUAAAACAAUGAAAGGUGACGAUGUUGAUGUCAUUGUGAAAUUUACGGCUACGCCAACUCCAAUUGAUGAGUGGACUGUCAAUGGCCGCAUUCUUAAAAAAUCCAAACGAAUCCUCACAUCCGUCGACGAAUGCUCAGCCGUCUUAACAAUUAGAGAUGCACAAGAAACAGAUUUCGGUGAUUAUAAUCUACAAUUAACUAAUCCUCAUGGAGAAGAUGGUAUAGAAAUCAAUAUUGUCGUCGUGCAGUUACCUGGAGCACCAGGAAUUCCAGAACCUCUCGAAAUAACCGACAACAGUGUUACUCUCCACUGGAAGGAACCAGAUUCAGAUGGAUAUUCUCCGAUCGUGGAAUACAUUUUGGAAUAUCGCGAAAAGACGGAAUCUUCGUGGAGCAGAAUCACCGAAACAAUAAGUGAAACCACGUACAAGCUAACGAAUUUGACCGUUGACAAGGAAUAUACCUUCCGUGUGACAGCAGUCAAUGAAGUCGGAUCAGGCGAGCCAUCGCCGAAUACGCCAUAUCUAAGAAUUUCCAAAUUAUUAGCGUCUGAACCGCCAACCAUCCUAGAAGCGCUCAAGAGCAUCGUGAUCGGAUUAGGAGAAACCGUCACACUUUCUUGCAUAAUCGGUGGUAUACCGACACCACAUAUUGCAUGGUUGAAGGAUGGUAAGAUUUUCGAAGACAAUGACAUCACAUACGAAAACCGCGUGGCCAAGUAUACGAUUCGAAAAACUACAGAGACAUCGUCGGCCACAUUCACGGUUAAAGCACAAAAUGAUGCGGGAACGGCGGAAACAUCGUGUCAAUUAAAGAUUCAAGAACCUCCAAAGAUUACUUGCGAUGAAAACUUUACGAAUCAGAGACUAACAGUAGGCGACAAAUGGAGGGUCGAAAUACACUUCAGUGGUUUCCCAAAACCGAAAGUGGCGUGGACAAUGAAUAAUAAAAAAAUAACUGACAAACGUAUUUCCAUCAAGACUGAGGAAGAUACAUCUGUUAUUACGAUUUCUUCGCUCGUCAGGGAUGAUACAGCUGUCUAUACAGCGAAUGUGACAAACGAAGCCGGUAGCUCAUCGAUCGAAUGUCAUCUUCGUGUUAUAGAUAAGCCGAGCAAACCUCAGGGACCAGUAAUCGCGAAAGAAAUCAGACAAGAUCGCGUUACUAUAGAAUGGCAACCGCCGAUCGAUGACGGUGGUGCAGAACUAGAAAGAUAUACCAUCGAGAAAUGCGAAGCAAGUAAAAAAGUUUGGACAAAAGUGGGUGAUGUCGACAAAGAAGUCGAAAAUUUCUGCGCGCAGAAAUUGCAGCAAAACGUCGAUUAUCUCUUUAGAAUAGUCGCUACAAACGCAGUUGGAGCUUCAGAUGCUUUGGAAUCCGAGCCAAUUAGAACAAGGACUUCAUUCGAACCACCGGGCCCGCCAAGAGGACCGUUCGAGGUCUCUGGAAUGACGAAAACGUCGUUCACGAUCAAAUGGGAACCUCCAGAGAAUGACGGUGGUACGCCUAUCACAGACUAUAUUGUCGAAAUAAAAGAGACAUCAAAGAAAGCUUGGCGAAGAGUUGCAAGCACAAAAGGGGACGUCACAAAUGUUAUUAUAUCCGAUUUGAAAACGGAUACAUCGUACAAUUUCCGAAUAACAGCUAAAAACAGCGUCGGUACUGGUCCUCCGUAUGAAGUAGAAGAAGCGAUUACAGCCGGAAAACGACCGAAAAUAAUAAAGCUCACAGAAAACAGCAUAUAUGCGCUAUUAGGGAUAUUUCCGUCCACAAAAAUGGUCGUCGUUAAGACACCACCUUCAUGCCCUCUAAAUGUUCGAGCGACCAAUGUUACAAGCAAAAGCGUCACUCUUAGUUGGUCACCACCCGCUACCACAGGAGGAUCAGAAUUAACAGGCUAUAUAAUUGAGAAAAGGCCAUUAAUCGGAAAAGGUGCUCGAUGGACAAAGAUUGUUACUUUGGACGCUACAACAAAUCAAUAUUGGGUAGAGAACUUGAAAGAGAGCGAAUUUCUCUUUAGAAUCUUUGCCGAAAAUAGCGUAGGACUUAGCACACCGACCAAUUCCGAGCCAGUCACAUUGAAAACUCAUGCCAACGUUCCAUCUCCGCCUACCGCUCCGUUAGAAAUGAGGCAAAUCGCGGCGAAUACGAUGGUAAUCGAAUGGGGGAGACCCGAAUCGGACGGUGGUGCACCUUUGGAAGGUUACAAAAUCGCUAUCAGAGAUGCGAAGAAGACCAUGUGGAUGGAGGUAGGCAGAGUGAGCGCAGACAUCCAGAAACUGAACAUUCGUGAUCUGCAAGAGAAUCACGAAUACCUCGUGAGAAUUUUUGCACGAAACGAGAUUGGAUUCAGCGAUCAUUUGGAAUCGGAAGAACCUUUUAACAUCGUGCCGAGCUCAGAACUGUCAUUCGUGGAACCGAUCGCUGAAGCUAUGGACAAGGGCGAGACUGCAUCGGUCAGCUUCAGUACGGAAAAUACGAGUUCGUGGUUGCGGGAACAUAAUAUGGAUGCCGAUAUACAUUCAUACGCGAGAGCGAGAUUACUUAGGAAAGACGAGUACUUUUUCCGCAUUUGGCACUAUGCUAAACAGCUGUUUGAAUAAGCAUUUGUAUAUGUAUAUAUAUAAUUUUGAACACAUUUAUAUCUCGUAGCCGUAACAAAUAUAAUCGAUCUUUUCCGCACAUAUUUAAUUUUUUUCUCUACUUUAUUAGAAUUGUAAUAAUAUUGUAAUAAUGAAUCUGUAUUUGUGCCGAAUUAUCAGUGCAAUGACGACAGUGCCAUGGAUUAGUUCUCUUAUAAAACCAACUUAUGUGUAGCAAAUAGAAAUUAAGAUUCGACACGAGAGACUGGACGAGUGCUUAUAGAGUGCUAAUCUAGUCAGGAUAAAGUAAUCUUCUCUUUAAUGUCUAUCCGAACACUCAGGAAAUGUACUAAAUAUCGUACACGAACAAUUCGCUUUUUGUUUUAGUGCGUUUCAUCGUUUUAGGAAAAUUUUAUGCUCGUGCACAGUUUCAGAAAUUUUAUGUUCUAUAGAUUAGCAAAGGUUCAUAUACUCGGCAUUCUUAAAGUUUUAUUCACGAUUUAGCGAGACAGUAAUGCGUUAGAUAUCUCCAUAUCCAGAAUUUUCCAAAAACUUGGUAUUCUACACUUCUAAUGAUGUACUUAUAUAAUAUAUUACGUGACUACGUAAUGUUCGUUUCUACUUGCAUAAGACAAAGCCACAGUUUGCGAUGGUAAUUUUAGUAUUUAUUCUUCAAGCAUAUAAUGUAUAUUUACUGUUUCUUGUUACUAUUAUCAUCAUAUGCUUAAUUCUGAUAAUAUCAUAAAAAUAAGAUCGAUACAUCAAGAUUAAUGAAAUGAAGAAAUACCACGCGUAUUUGAUAAAUGAGACGUAAAAUAUAGGUGCCAAUAACAUCAUUGUAAUUAACCAACGACGCGUCGUAUACUUCACAUGAUUUAUAUUGUAAAAUAUUUUAUCGAUUAAAUUAUUAUAAAUUA